CCUGUCUCUCUGGUCUCCAUGUUGGAUUUCAGCCUGAGCAGUUGUUCGUGGCAGCCCCCCUCCCCUCUCCUCCCCUCCCCUGCAGGGUGGAGUCUCAGUGAGUCUGUGCAGACGGAGCGGAGCGGACAGGGAGGAACCUCCACAAACUCAGACCGAGUCCGGUUCUCCCCCCGUUAACCAUCAGAUUCUCCCGGGAAAUAACGGCCAAACACACCUUCGGUAGGUCAGCGAGAGCCCGAGGAGGAGGAGGAGGAGGACGCACGCGCUCAGGUAGGUACCCACAGAGCAACUCUAGAAAAGUUUCAGCAACUUUGACGUCACAGCAACUUCCGAAAAGUACGCAGAGAAACAGGCAGAAACACAGACACACACAGAGAGUGUAAGGGCCUGCAGGAAGGGUGACAGACUGUACAUCAGAUUAAGAAAGCGGGUUAAAAAUCCACAAGAUCCCAGAGAUCAGGAUUGUUAAAUCUGACGCUGCGUUCAGGGACCCUCUGCUGAGCGGCCUCAACAGAACAUCAGGAAACUGUGCUGCGUUCAAGUGUCUGUACAAGUCAGGCCGUCUUCCCUCCCAGUGUGUGUGUGUGUGUGUGUGUGUGUGUGUUGUGUUGUGUAAUGCAGUAACAGUUCCGUGUUUUUAAGUCUCCAGGCCUCCACAGACGGACUCUCACACUUAGUGCUCAUAUCCUGUGAGUUUGUGUAUGUGUUAGCUGUGUGUGUGUUGUGUGUGUGUGUGUUAGCUGGGUGUGUUGAACAGAAAACAUGGCCUGUGGGUGUGAAUAGUUGCAGCUCUGUGUUGAGGUGUGUUACACUCAGCAGGAAUGUGAUCACUGAGGGCGCUCACACGCUCUAACUAUACCUGCUGUCACUCACCUGAAACACACCUGUGUGCACGUCCAAUCAGCUCUCACUGUAAGGAGAUAAACUACACAAGAUCUACAAGAGGAACCACCAGGAUCCUCUAUUCUAAUAUCUAUUAUUUUAUAGUAAAUAGUCAAAUAUGCAGUUUGUUUGUAUGUUUAUGAUGUUCAGCAUUGGCAACAGUGAAGGAGGGUUCUAAAAUAUUGGAGAGACAGUAGCUGAAAUGAUGUGUCGGUCAUAUUCAUUGCUUGUUUGUUGGAGCUUGUGUGUAGGAUUGGUGGUCUGUCUGAAGAUGAUUGAUAGAUGGAUGGAAAGUAUGGAUGGAUGCAGAGUAAGUGUUCAAUGGAUAAAAACAUGUAAAAUAAGAGAGACAGAGGAAAGAGUGAAUCAAUAGAAUAUGUUGUACAGUCAUCUACCCGCAGUUUAACAUAUACACUUCAUAUCACAGAUCCACUGAACACAGAGGUAGAUUAAAACACUGAGAUGCUUCAGUAGAUCUGAGCUGAUCUGAGGUCAGUCUGACGAUCAGAGUCAGUCCCUCUCUGAUUUUGUCUGACUCGUUUUGUUUUAUUAAUGAGUUUGAUCAAUUUCUAGUGUUGGAAGUGUGUCAUCUGUUUGAGUGCAGAGUGGACCAAAAUUGAGACCCCCUGCUGUGCUUACUGCAGACACACUGAUCAGACAGAUUGAUCUGGGGGGGUUUAUGUCCUUUUUAAAAAUAACCCGAAUCUGGUCAAGGCUGCUGUAGGGCAACAUGAACAUCCUCUUGAAUAAUAACAGGUUUUCUCAUCCUGAAUGACAGCAGAUUAAAUAAUCAACAGUCUCUGGAUGUCAUUUAAUAUCAUUUUGUUAUGACACAGUUUAAUGUUGCUUCUGAUGUGAAUAUCAAGCAUGGUCUAAAAUCUAGAACAUAAUUCAGCUUGAUUUUAUUUAUUCAUCUCAAACCCAUCCUUGACAUGUUACUGUCUGAGAUAAACAUGGAUAUAAAGAUAUCUGCAGCAUAUCUACCUGAAGGAUGACCUGCUGUAGACAUCCAUGAACACCCUUUCCAUCACUCAUAUUCACAGAUUAAUGACUGAAAUUAUUAAGUUUUAUAUUUUAUUUAAUGAUUUCAGCAUUGUAUGUAAACCAUCUGCUGACCAGCCCUGUGAUCAUCAACAUUAGUAUGUGGUUACCUGUCCUCCAGGUGUGUUCUAGGUAGCCCCUCCCACAGUCACCUGCAGUCAGUUUCUGUCAUAAUGAGCAGAGGGUCAGACAGAUAUGAGGAGUUUAAUCUGAUAUUAUCCCUGUUCAUUACAGAAAGUCAAAUUACUGGUGGAGUCAGCUGUCAGAGCCUGGUCAUACUGAGGUUUAAGGGUUCCUCUAACAAGUUAAACUUUAUUAAUGAACUGAUUAACAGAUGGAUUAGUACAGGCAGCAACUAUUUAAAGGACUUCAUCAUUUUACCCCCAAAAUCAAACAGCAAGUACUGACCCUGAACCAGAGCUGAACCUGAUCCCUGUGCUGAUCUUGAUCCAAAUCCUAACUCUGAUCUGACCAUGACCCUGAUCUGACCCUGACCUUAACCCCGACCCGGAUCAUGAUCCUGGUCUGACCCUGACCCUAUUCCUAAUCUUGAUCCAGGUCACAGUCUGAAUCUUUGUGUUCAGACUUAAUAGUAAAGAUGACUAAAUCAUCACUCAUCAGGUCUGUGUCUCUCUCAGGUGUCUCACUGUGGUGUGGUUAGUUGUGUGUGUGAGUCAGCUGAGUUACACUGUGUGUUCCCAGACUUGUAUAGUCAUAUAAUUUACUUUUUAAACAUAUCAAAUCUAUCAUGUGUAAUAUCUGGUAUAAAUAAAACAUGAUCAGUAUGUCUCUCUGACAUUAAGCUGACCCCCUGCUGUGACUCACACAGUACCCUGCUCUUUUUGAUCACUUCCUUUUCCAUGCUGUGGUGAAACAGUCUGUGGGUGACAGGGUGAGGACUGAGGGAGGGUGUGACAUCACAGCCUCUUCUCUCUGUGAUUGGUCGGCUGUGUGGAAGUGAGAGCAGACACAGUUUGAGUUUUUUCUUAAACCAGACUGUGGUUUGUUUUCCUUAAAAUAGUCUUUAUUGUCUCCUCAGCUGAGCUCAGAUUUUUAUUUUAAUAAACUGACAAAGAAAAAAAAAUCCAGAAAUCAAGGAGUUUUUCAAACCAGGAGCAGCUCAAUCAUUUCACUGUGAGACAUCAGUGGUCUGUGGUACUGACUGUUCAUCUAGUUGACAAUUAACCACAGCACUCACUCAUGGUUUAAGCAGUCUGCUACUUGUUGAAACUCUUCAUGGUUACACAGCAACAGCACUUUAGAAUAUUAUAUUAACACUCACAGUGGGAGCACAAUCAGCAGGCUCUGUGUCUGUGAAGAUGAUCAUUUUCCUGUCAUACAUUUACUGAAAUAAAGGAACAAUAAAAGAUGAGCCUGUGAAGAAAGAGGGAGGAAAUCAGAGAAAAAUUUGCACCUCUAUCACCAUCAUCACUCCACCUCUGAGAUUUAAGUUUAUACCACUUCAUGGACAUUAUGCUGAGCUGCAGACUGAACUGUAAGUAAAAUAACAAUACGCUGUGAGUACAGUGUGUAUUAGCGGCUGCUGUCAGUCAGUCAGACACAAACCAGCUACACAGUUAUUUUCGUAUCACUUACACACUUUUUACCCAACAUGGUCUCUGCUCAGGGGAAUUUAGCUUCAUGGUCAACCAGUUUAACACUACAAUGAUAUUACUCUAGUUCUUUCACGACUGUGUUAUAUGACUGUAUUUACUGUUGUUAGUCAAAAAAAGUACACAGACAGAUAGUCCGAUUAGUAAUCUGAUGUUUACAUGAACAAUUCUCCAAAAACCCCAAACAACAAACAACUCAGAGAGUAAAAGUCAGCAGGUACUACCUGUCACUCAAAGAGGCCACAUUCCCAAUUAUUCAAAACCAAAUGAAAAAAAGUAAAUGUAAUCUGUAACAUGAUUUAUACACAUCAAUGUAAUCCUUAAUCUGUUGUAAACUGGUGAGUUUAAACAUUAAUCCGGUGCAAGAAGGUGAGUUAAAACCUUAAUCUGGUGUAAAAAGGUGAGUUAAAACCUUAAUCUGAUGUAAACCUGCACGGUUAGUCCUUAAUCUUAUAUUAUUACAGGUAAAUUGAAUUCUUUAUCUAAUGUAAUCAAGCAACUUCUCUCUAAAUUCAGGUCAGUGCAGUUGCCUGAAAUCGAGAAAUGACCUUCAUGGAUCUAAACUGUUUUUGUUUCAGGCUUUGAUUUAGUUUAUCUCUGCUUUAAGGAUUUAACAUGGGGUUUUAUGGCGACUGACUCACCGCAGUACACAGCCUCUUAUGGACAUUAGAGGAACUGCAGUUUUCAGGACCUCAUUGAACGAUAAUCUUUUCAGCUUUGUUUAAGGCUUUUUGUGAACAGAAACUAGGAUUAGAUUAAGUUUUAGGAGACUUUUGGUAAAUAAAGUAUGUAUGAAUCUCUCUCUCUCUCUCUCUCUCUCUCUUUCUCUCUCUCUCUCUUUCUCUCUGUUCAUUCCUCUGUUGAUCUCUAGUCAGUAUGCAGUGUUUUGACUCGACCUUAUUUGGUCAGGACAUCACGUCUGCAGCUCCUCCCGCUCUCUCUCUAACAUCAUUUAUUUUAGACCUGAGCCAAUUCACAGCUCACUGAGGAAAGUUGUGCGUACAGUAUGCCCUGAGACAUGUCUGCUGGAGAGGGCCCAUGGGUUCAGCAUGCCCUGAGACAUGUCUGCAGGAACAUACUCACAGGUUUGGUCGGCCCAGAGAGAUGUUUACAGGAGAAGGCUCAUGGGUUUAUGCCCAGAGAUAAAUUUGUAGGAAACGGCUCAUGGGUUCAGCAUGCCCUGGAACAUGUCUGCAGGAGAAGGCCCAUGAGUUCCGUGUGAUCUAAGCUUGUUUUAACUUUAAUAUGGUUACUGAUUUAGUGAGAAGUGAUAUUUUGAAUUCUCCUGUGCUUAGAUGUUUGACCUGCUGGGUUUUUCUCACAGGCUGAAGGUGACCCGCUUUUUCUCAGGCCAACUGCAGCUCCUCUGUCAAGUUUUCAGUAAACAUUCAGGGUCACGUUCAUGUUGAAGCCUGUGGUUUAAUUGUCAGUCCCAGAGCGGUUCAGUUGUUAGAGUUUAUUUCCUGUCAGAUGUGUGAAAGUUAAACAGAGGCUUUGUGUUUGCCGCUCUCUGUGGGGUCAGUUUUACUGUUCGGGUGUUUGGGUUUGAAGUUACUGCAGAAACACCUCUCUGAUCGAUCAGAGAAGUUUACCUCGCAAGGGCUUACUACAUUCAUCGAAAAACCAUGGAUAGUUGGAUCUGACAGGUAGCUGCUGUGUAUUAAAACAGACUCUGCAACAAGAGUUAAUAUCUAAAGUUUAAAAUGAGAGUAUGUCAUAAAAUUAAAAUCAGGUAGUAAAGGACAUCUCUGAAUACUAGAUAAAGGUAAUAUUAAAGUCUUUAUCCAUCUCUAUUUUCCCUCACAACUACCUGAGCAUGACUCCGUUCUUGAAACCCCUUUUUUAAACACAGUGGGCCUCAGGAUCCAUCAUGUAACCUUUUCAUGUGCCCUUAUAAAAUGGUUGUGUCACACCAACUCUAGAUUAACGCUGUGUUCAGUCUCUAAAAUUCAUUUUUUGCUGAUUUGUGCUGGUUUACAAUGGUUUGAAGUGGUUUGUGUUGGUUAUUGUUGUGUUAAGCUCCUCUAUGAUCUGUCUCUGUACAGUCUGACUCUCAAACUCUGUCUGCAGCUCUGACACACUGUCAUGAGUAAAUAGGAGCAUUCGGAGAUCAGGCUGUCAGUACAGGAUCAUAAUAAAACAUGUUUAUAACAAUGACAAAUAUCGGACAUCUUUACUCUGCAGGAUGAUCUGAGGUUCGGAGGAUAUAUUUUGCUGUCAGUCUUUGCCAUGUGAUAUAAAUUAUAUUAAACUCCUGUUUUUAGAUAAUUAUACUUUUUAACAUCUGCUCUGACUCCUCUCCUUGACCUUACCUCAAAGUGGUCACUUUGAGGUAAGGCUAAGGACUAACUCUAACUUUAUUUUUACUCUUUCCUCUCCUGACUUGAACUUGAAUGAUCCCCUGGAGUUCUGUGCCCUAAGUUUGGUCUGUCAGGCUGUGAACAGGAGCGGGAGAAAUGACCCCCUAAUCAGGGUCAGAGGAGAGUCAGAGGAAGUGAAGAUCUAAAAAUACAACAUGUCAUCUCUGGGAAAGUUUCUGCUAAUCAGACUGAAAAUCCUCAUUGUGAGAGUUUGAGUAAGCAGUUUGAGUGAUGAACUGUAAAUCAGUGAGUGAGGAGCAGGGAGAGCUGUAUGCUGUACGAGGAGUUAAAAGUGUUUACUGUAAACAGGCUGUUACUGACUUCCUGUGGUUUCUACCAUCAGAUCAAAUCUUCCUCCAUCCUCACAUUCCUCCUCUCCUCCGGGAAAACAACAAAACCAACGAAAAAAACAGCACAGACUCAAAAAAACUGCUGCUGGGAGGACAAAAAAGACAGAAAAUAACUCUUCUCUUUCUCCUUCUCCUCCCUGUCUCCUCCUCUACACUCAUUCUUUCCCCACUGACUUAUUUAUUCUCCCUCCUCCCUCCCUCUCUCUCCCCCUCUCUCCUUCCCUCCCUCUUUCUCUCUCUCUCUCUGUCAGUCUGUUGGUAUGUCAGAGGAAUGUGUAGUUGAAUUCCUCUGUAGGGCUGCAGCAGCUCUGACUUGGAGCCUCGUAACGUUGGUAAAAUUAUGGACACUGGAUCUGGAUCUGGAUGUGAGUUCUGAUCUGCAUCUGGAUUCUGAUCUGUAUGUGUAUGUUGAUGGUUUCUAGAUUCAGAAGAUGCUCAAAGAGAAGUUGUCAUAUGAAGGUGUCUCAGAUACCUGAUACCUGCUGCAAGCGAUUUAUAGACACGUGAUGUUUUUUGUGUCUCUUGACUUUCUGAUGGAUUGACUGACUUGUGUGAAAAUAUGUAUGAAAACAUAACUUUGAUUUUUUUCAUUAAAAAAAAUAAGAAUCUGAAAUAUUUUCUGAUGCCAGCCUCAGUUUAGCGACACACUGACAUGAUGACCGUCUGUUCCACCUGUCUAAGGUGAGCCGGUACCUGUUGAGAGCUUAAACUGUGCUGCUGUAAUGGCAAAAAUGAUAAUCAUGAUUAUUUUUAUUCAUAGUGAGGAUUAUUGUCACAGUUAUUAAAAAUUGUUAUCCGUGAUUUGACAUCUGCAUCACACACAUUUACACAACUUUCUUCAAACCAUAAAUACUCUUCAUUCUGUAGAAAAAAAAACUGUUAAGCCUACCUUUUGUUUGCUAAAGCAUGUCUGUUUGUCUGGCUGGAUGAUCUAUUUUGUCUGUAGUCGUAUAUUCAACUACUGACAGGGACCGUGCAUCACCUUCACUUCACUGUAAGAGCUUUGGCUUCAUUUCAGUGAUAGUACUCACUACAUUAAAUGUCAGAUUACAACUGUAAUAAAGUAUUUAUACACUGUGUCAUAGAAAUAGUCAUAGAAAUUUUAUAACAGGCUGCAAAUCUAACAAAUCAUUCAGCCUUUUCAAGCUUUUAUAAAACAUAUUUGAUAACUUCAAAAGAUAGUAUUUUAUUACAAUUCAGAACAUUGUCUCUCACUUUUUACCCUUGCACUCAUUGGCUUAUGCACCCUAGAGAUUGCAGAGGUUUCUCUCUUGUUUGUUAUGCGCAUUCUGUCCCUUGGCCUUUCAGACACACAGAUACAAACACCUGCCUCCUUCUGCUCCUCUCCCUGCUCUCCUCUCUCUCCUUCUGAUGUUCCCAAACUUUGUUCCUCACUGGUCUGAGCUUCUGCUGAAGUUAAAGUGAGAGGUGUUUGAUGGGAGAGGCUGAGCCCACACACUGCUAUUUAAAGAAGAGAGGGAGGAUGAGAUUCAUUCAGCGUAUGGGAUGUCACAGAGGCAACACAGCAAGCGGCUCAAUAUCAUUCGGUCUUAUAAUCUUGUGAUCAUUGGAAGUUGUGAUUGUAGUUGAAAAUAGAAUCUGAUUAGUCACUCCGCUCCACUUUAUUGUGUGUUUUUUAAUUGUUUCUGUAUCUGCAGCAUGUUGAUGUCAGUUGUUUGGAAUGUGUCUCUCAUAGGCCACCGUAUUUCACACAGUGUUACCUUAACUGAUAGUAAACACAGCUGCAUAAGGUGAACAGCUGAUGAAGGUUAGCAGCAGGUACAGUCUGCUUGUUUGUUUGCUCCACCUUCGUCAUCAUCAUCAUCACCAUUAUCAUCAGAUGUUAUUAGAUGGUGGGAACAGCACCUGUUAUAUUUAUCCUCACUGACACACCUGCACUGAUGAUGUUGAUCAGUGUUUUCAAUGAAUACUGAUUUAUUAAGGAUUAUUCUCUGUCAUGACACAGUUACUCUGAGAAAUCAGCUGAUGUUCUGUUCCCUCCUGCAGUCUCCUGCUCUUAAAACAUACAUUACAGUUAUAACACUCUCUAAAACAGAGUGGUCAGAAUCUAUUAGCUCUAAUAUCAUGUGCUGAAGUCGUAUAUCUGUGUGGUUUUAGCAGCUGGAGACAGAGGAUGGUGUUCAGAGUGUUUCUCAGUAGAUCAGCUCUGACAGACAGUCAGGAACAGUCAAUGAUUCAGUUUUCAGUCUGUUUCAGUGAGAUUAGUUAGACUUAUUAUCAGGUCAGACAUUUCUGCUGAUGCUCAGUUUACAUGAGGAAGUGUGUCCUCACACUCACAGCUUCCUGCUGUCAAUCAAAGUGACGGGCAGGGGUAUGAUGAGCUGAUGGAGCCAUCUGUGUGUGUGUGUGUGUGUGUGAGAGAGUGUGUGUUUGUGUGUAUGUGUGUGUUACAGCAGGUUCAAAUCAGGGUUAUAAGUGUCAGUUUAUGAAAACAUCUGCCCCUAUAAACAUCUUAAGUGUGUUUCUCUGUUUGAAGUCAGGAUCAUGAAACACAAGUUGAUUUUAAUACCUGGGAUGGUUUUGAUGGAGCGGAGUUUGUUCCAAGGUUCCUGGUCUGAGUUCCUACAGGUUCCUCAUGUGGAAUCUUCAUGUCCUCACCCUGCAUGUUGGCUCUUCUUAAAAGAAUGGCUGAAGGAAAGAUACAGAACAGAUGACGAACAAUGAGUGGAUAAUGGAUUAAUAACUGAUAAUAUUUUAAUGAUAGAAAGUCAAUGGAUCAUGAGAUGAUGAAUUAUGUGUGAGCAGAUAAUGAAUGGAUUAUGAUGGAAUGAUGGAAAAUAGAUGGAUAAAAAAACGAACUGAUUGACAAUAGAUGAACAAUGUCUGAUGGGUAAUGUAUAAAAAGAUAGAUUAUGGAUAGUGGAUAAUAGAUAAUAGAUACUGGAAAUGGACGCAUAAUGGAUCUGCAUCAGGGGUUGGAUAAUGAAUAUUGGCUAAUGGAUAAUGGAUGAAUGUUUGACCAAUAAAGGCUGAUGGAUAAUGGCAGAAAAUGGAUGGAUGGUUGAUAACAUAGCGGAUGGAAAAUGGACAAUAUUUCAUAAACUGAUGGAUAAUGAAUGAAGAAGGGGUGAUGGAUGAAACAUGAAUGCUUGAUAGAUUCUAGCUAAUGGAUGAAUUGAUUGAUUAUAGGUGGAUAAAAAUGGAUAGUUGAAUGGUCUUGAGCAUUUGAUGCAUAUUGUAUAGAUUGAUGGAUAUUUAUUGAAUUAGUAAUAAAAUAUAUUUUGAAAACGGAUGAAGGAUUGGAAGAUGAGUAGAUAAUGGAUGGACAAAUAAUUGAUCAAUGAUGAAAAGAGGAACAGAGAAUGGAUACAAGAUGGCUAAUGAAUGAGAAAAAAUAUGAAUGAUGGCUAAUGUAUAAAUAAGGAUGGAUAAUGGAUGGAAAAAAAUAUGGAUAAUAAAUUAAGGAUGGAUAAUGGAUGGAUUGAGUGAUGGAUGGAUAAUGGAUAAUAGAUGGAUUGAUGGAUGAUUGAUGGACGUAGGAUAACAGAUGGAUCAUGGAUAUAAACUGGAUGAUGGAUGGAAAAUGAAUAGGAAAAAAUAAUGGAUUAUAGAUCAAGGAUAGAUUAUGGAUAGAUAGAUAAUUAAUGGAUGAAUGGAUGGACCUUCAGUAUGUGGGUCUUGCUUGGCAAGAACAGAGACUCAGAGGAGGACAGAGAGAAAGUUAGUGGUCUAAUGUUUGUGUCUUGUAAUUACUUCCAUAAAGUGCCCCCACCUGCACAUACACACAGUUUUUCUUCCUCUCACUCGCUUGACUACUGAUGAUGUCACAGAUGUUGCUGUGUUUUGAUUGGCUGAACAGAGCCUGUAGAGAAACAACAUAAAGCACAGUCACUUCAUUCUAACAUUUGUUUUUUAGCUUCAUGUUUGCACAUUAAAUUGGACACACAGGUUAUAAACAGAUUUUCCUCUCUGUUCUCGCCCUCUGACCUCAAACACCCUGAGAGGAAAAAACCUCCAGGACAGACGUUAAGUGUUUCCUGUCAGCCUGUCUCUGAUUGGCUGAUCAGACUUCCUGGUUUAGCAGCAGCGAUCGCACUGAGUCACUGUGUGUGUGCGAGUGUGUGUGAGUGUGAAGGGUGGAGCAGAAACUGACGGAGUCCCUGUGAGAGAAUCGCACUGAAGAUAAAGAUGUUUAGGUUUCUGAUGAUGGUGAUGAUGAAGAUGGUAAUGAUGAAGAGGGGGUCUGUCAUUCAGGCUCCCUUGUGAAUCAGAGAAACACACACACACACACACACACACACACACACACACACACACACACACACACACAUUAACACACUCAUACAAAAACACACAGGGCCUAAAUGUCCUUUUAUGGACUCAGAAGGAUUUUUAAAACAGGAAGUGACAUCAGGGGCUAUGAGCGAGCUCAGUGUGUCAGCGGCUGAGUUCAGACAUGUUUCUGCUGAGAGAGGGAGAAACUGAGUGAAGACUGUGCUUUACUGUGAGUGUCUCAGAUGACCUGAUGCUGAGUUUUAGACUCCAAAGCUUCAGUGUUUAUACAGACAUUAAACACAGAGGCGAUCACAUGAAGAGCUUCAUAAAGUCCUCACAUCUCUCCUGCUCCUCCUCCUAUCACACUGUUUUUUAAACAGAUCACAUGUUGGACAGUUUUAUACCCAGAAGUGAAACUUCAGAGAAAGUAAAAGAGAAGAAGUCAGGAGAAAAAAAAUGGAAAAAGCAGAAGAUUUAGUCUCACACAUGAAUCCAGAUUGUCUGAGAGCAGUGAGCUGAUCAGUGAGGAGAGCUGAUGGUGAGAAAAAUAACUUUGAGACUGUGGAAGUCAGAAACUGUUCCUCAGUUUAACACAAGGGUUAAACAGGGUUUGGUUUGUUCUAAAGGACAGGCUUCAUCAAGUCUCUGAUCAACUGAAUUUUCACAUUAAUAAACAGCAUUUGGAAAUCAUCUGAGCCAGCAGGUCUCUGAAUUUAUGACAUGACCUGAUCACGCCUGCAGACUCUGCAGUCAGCCUUGAUAAUGUAGCCGCUGUCACUGUACAUCAACAUCCCUUUUGACGAUAACAGCUUAAAUGUCAGCAGAUCAAAUUUAGCAGUAACUGAAUCGUGUAUGACGUGUAAGGUUUUAUUGAUUAUAGAAUAAUCAAGUCUAAUGUUGCCUCAGGAAUGAAGAUGUCAUGGUCUCACAUUCAAAGCUGAAUUUAAUUUUCUAUUGUUACAUGAACUAAUUCAGACUCCACCUGAAACAGCUUUCUUGCUGAGAUAACCAUGGUUAUUGGAUUUUAAUGUGAUAUCAGCAUUACAUAAAUAUAUAUCAGUCAUUAUCUGACCUACUCGGUAAAUCCAGCAUUAGUAUCAUCAGCUGUUGAAAAGCUGAUAUAUGAGUCCACCAUUAUUUAGUUCACUGUGUGUCAUCCUCCUGACUCCCUGAGAGCCUGUGAUGAGACAGUGUGUGCUGCUUAAUGGAGCUGUGAUCCUUUAUUCUUCUCAAGAGACGCCUUGUUUCAUUUUGCUCUGGUUUCUUUUUGUUGUUCUUUUUCAUUUUCACUCUCACUCUUGACUUUUUUUGUACUUUGUAAUCAAAAUUUCAGUAAAGAUGUUGUUAAAAAGAUUAGUUUCUGAUCCUUUACCUGAGCUAAAAUGUGAGCUGGGUCCUCAGGUCCCUGCAGCUGGGUCUGCUGUGUCAGAAUAAGCUGAUAAAAUGUGAGAUGAGAAAGAAAAAAACAUAUGGUGUUUUUGUUCCCUGAGCUUUGUCUGAAGGUUUAGGACCCACUUCUAAAGGAGAUGCUGCACUUGAAGAGGCUGUCUUGUAAUAUAGUCUGUUUCCUCAACAUUUCCUGUCUCACAGCAGUUUACUGUCACUCUGGUUUAAAGUUAGAUUUUUGGACACUAUGUUGCCAUCAAUAGGUCAGCUGAAGAGAAGCAGGAAGUGUGGGGAGCACAGAGCAGCAGAGGGUUGUGGCCGAGAGUCAAAUUGUAGGUCGCUGUGAUGAGAAUGCAAACCACUCUGUCCGCUGACGCCCUACUGACAUUAAAAUAAUAAACAGGAAUAAUGUGUUCAUCAGAAUACUUUACACUUAAUCUGUUAUUGUUGAAAUAAGGUUGCUGCAAAGUGUGGUGGUUGAUCUUAAAGUUGCUGUAAGGUUAUUGUUUAGUGUGCAAGUUGCUGUUGAUUUGCUUUAAAUUGUGCUGGUUGAUUUGAAGUUGGCGUAAAAGGACUGCAGUGCCUCCUGGUUUUCAUUUAGUGUUUUAUGGAUUUGUAAUAGACUGCGUGCUGUGGUCUGAAUCAUAACCUGCUCUUGUUUUCUUAUUUUCUGCAGAGAGGAGAACAUCAGGUCAUCCUGUGACGGAGCAGGAAGACUGUUCAUUCAAUCCGCUCUACAUCAGGUAACAGCAAUUUUAUCUCUCAGAAACAUGAAACAGUUUUCUCUGAGCUCAGAGCUGUGUCUUCCAGGUUUAGGCUGAAGUGUAACCCUCUGAGUCACAGUCCGGGAUCAGCUCUGACUCUGCUAACAGCUGUCUGUCUGUAAAGCUCUACUUCUAGUUACUGUCAGUUUAUCUGAGCCUACACUUCCCAUCAUUCAGUACUAUCUGCUUCCUGAAAGUUGAUUGGCUGCCUGUAACCCCCAAGCACACUUCCUACUGUCAUUAGGGAGUCAGCCACAAACAGAAACAGGAACUGAUAGUGACACACAGUCAGCAGGAAAUAUUUAUGUGUGUGUGUGUGUGUGUGUGUGUGUGUGUGUGUGUGUGUGUGUGUGUGUGUGUGUGUGUGUGUGUGUGUGUGUGUGUGUGUGUGUGUGUGUGUGUGUGUGUGUGGUGUCAGGUUGUCUGUGUUGUGACAUAAGAUCUGUCAUAUUUACUGUCAGAGUUCAGCCAACAUGACGCUUUAAAAAGAAACACACACACACACACACACACACACACACACACACACACACACACACACAGAGAGAGAGAGAGAGAGAGAGAGAGAAACCAGUUUCUGGAGUUCUAAAGUGAGUGUUGUCCUAUACUUGCCUGAUAGAGGUUUUCAGAUGCUCAACAGUUCAGGGUCUCCUUUAUCCUGUUUUUUGUGUGAUGAUGCUCCAAAUAUUUUCAAUAGAUGACAAUUCAGGACAGUUUAACAGCAGGAUUCUUCUACUACAGAGCUAUGCUGUUGUAAUCCCCGCAGAAUGUGGUCCUUCCUGAAAAAGUCUUUGUCUGGAUGUCAGCAGAUGUUGCUGUAGAUAUUGUUCAGCAUUAAUGGAGCCUUCACAGACGUGAAAGACACCCAUGGACACUUAUGAUCCCCACACCAUCAAGGAUGCUGGCUUUAAACUGGGUGCUUAUGAGUCGGGUGGUCCCCCUACUCUAUAGAGAGGAGGAUGCAGCGUCCAUGAUUUCCAAAAGAAUGUGAUUUUUUUUGUGCAGAGAUUUCCCUUCAGGUCUGUUCAUAUUUUGUCAUAGACAGUGAAGAAAAUACAAUUCAGGACAAUGUUAUUUUGAUUGAGUUGAAGAAAAUCCCCUCUCUCAGAUGAUCUGGAUGGAUUUACCUAUUAUCUCUUUUAGGGCUGCAGCUAUCGAUUAUUUUAGUAAUCGAGUACUCUAUCGAUUAAUCUGUCGAUUAAUCGAGUAAUCGGAUAAGAAAUGUUUUGCUCUCACUGUAAUACUUUGCAUUGAAUCACGUUUGCCUCAUUAAAAACCAUCAGUAACACACAAAACUGAAAUAGGCCAGGUCUUUCAAAUGAAUAUUUUUACUGCAUAAAUCAGGAACCAAAAGUUUUACAUUUUACCAUGUAGUUCACAUGAAACUACUGAAGGCAAGGUCUGCAGAUGGUCUUUUAAUUGCUAUGGUAAUGAUCUUUGCAGUUUUCACUAAACCAGUCACAACUAUUUCCAGGCUUUGGAUCUAAUUUUACUUGUUUAAUUAAUAGGCUGAAAUAAUAUAAUUCUUGGAUACUAACAUAAUUUGACAAGCAAAUGUACAUUUAUUCAAUAUAUAAAAGUGUUACAUUUUUAUUUACAUGUUGUUGUGUGUUGGUCAUUUUGCAGCCCUCUGCUGCUUAUCACACGCCUAGCAGGUGGUGUAUAGCAUUAUCACCAUGGAUACACGGAUGUUUGUGUGAUUUUUUUCAUCCACUGCCGCCCGGUUUGUGUCGUGUAGAUGUUGAUUAUGAAAACACUUCGCAAUAAUUUGGAAACGUGAAGGGGGAGCUGCUGCUGCCCGGUGUUUACGGUAAAUAGACGCAAACACCGACCAAGUUGACGCUUCGGUCUCCGAAAACGCCGAGACAAAUUUACAAACAGCCACUAUUUCAAACAACUGGGCUCAUAAUCGUGAUGUAAACACUUACUUUCUCGCUAGAAAAAAUAUUAUUAUUGAAUGAAUUUAUAUAAUUUGUCCGGUAUGCAGUCGUUCUAUGUAGCUUGUGGUAGGACUAUUUAAAUUUUCCCGGCGCUGCGUCCGGCCGGCACGAAAUGCAUUCUGGGGUAUUUAGUAUGUAUGUGUGUAAACGCUCGGGCAGCCGCGGCAUACUCAAAUCAUCUUUGAGUAGUCAGUAGGCAGUAGCUACUGCUUGAGUAGGUAAGUAGAUAGCAGGCAGUAUGCCAUUUCGGACACAGCUUCUGUCUGUCCUCGUUUCCCUCCAUGAUUGAACCAAACGCGCGGCAGCGGAAGGAGCGGAAAGAGCACGCUUCUGCGCAACAGAAAUAACCGUCCGUGUCAAACACCGUGCGCUGCACAUGGUUCCGGAUUUAAACGAUUCCUCGAGGCAUAUAAUUUGCCUCGAGGAAUUUUAUUAAUCGAGUUACUCGAGUUACUCGAGUAAUCGUUUCAGCCCUAAUCUCUUUAUUGAUACAGAGGGUUUGCGGAUGGGCGGACCACAUUGACUUAACAGUAGAGAAAGCAGUGCUCUACAUAGACAUUCAUCCAUGACAAGUUUCUAACUUUAACCUGUGAGUUGAGUCUCUGUCUUUCACUGAUACAUGCAUCUGUUCAGCAUGGCUCCAUCCAUCUGUUGCUAAAAUAACGUAGGCUAUCUGUUUCGGGGCGAGGUAAGCAGGGGCUAAACACAUCUUUCUGGCUGAGGUUGUCAAACUUCAGCAAUGACACUUCUUCCCAGACACCAAUAACUAGUAUCUAUAAUUAUAUCUGUGUUGUAUUAUUAUUUAUUUAUUUUAGCAUUACACAACUUUUUACCUGUUUGGUUGUUUCUUCAACAACUUUUUACCAAGUUUUGCUGCAUCAAAUUGAAAAUGAGCAGAUAUUUUCAGAAAACAACAACAUUUUUUUGGUUUCAGCAUUUAAUCCUAUGUCUUUGGACUACUUUUAAUUAAAUAUAGACUUCUAAUGGUUUACAAAACUAUCAAAUUCUGUUUUUAAUCAACAUUUAGCCCACCAUCCUGACUCUUUGUGAGUAUAUGUGACUGUAAAAAACCACCGAAAGUAAACAAAUGAAAGUCUCUUUGGAGAUUACCAGAGAAACAUUUAACAUUCGGUUAGUAUGGUGAGAUGAAUAAACCUUGUGCUUCCUCUCCGACAGUUUCUCACAGUCUCUGCUGAUUCUACUGAAUAUAAACCUGUUCCUCAUUCUAACCUCACAGUCUGCCUGUCUGUGUGUAUGUACUUUCCUCACUGAGCUUCGUAUAGCACCGUGUCAGAUCAACAGCUUCACGUUCAAAUGUGUUGCUGUUUCCACUCAGAGAAAUAUCAAGGCUGUUAUAAAGUCAUGAUUUUGAUGCGUGACAACAAAUAGAUGUAAAGAUUAUGAUGAUUUGUUCCCUGAGUUGAAAAGGCUGAUCAACAUCAAGAAUUUUUUUUGUCCUUCUGCAGAGGUUUGCAGAGCAGCGUGUACUCAGUGAUACUUUUUUCUGUCACAGGUGUGUGUGAGGAAUGUGUGCGGGAGCAGAGCAUAAAACUUAUCCAAACCAGAGCAGAGUGCUUUGUAAUGACAGUAAUUUAUUAACAACAAUAAUAUUGUGUUGUAUUGUGUUGCAGGUGUGAUAGGGGUGUAGGUGCAGAGCAGUAAUCAUGGUGGCGCUGUCGCUGAAGAUCGGCGUGGGGAACGUGGUGAAGACGAUGCAGUUUGAGCCCUCCACCAUGGUGUACGACGCCUGCAGGAUCAUCAGGGAGAGAGUUCCCGAGGCCCAGCUCGGACAGCGUGAGGACACACACACGCAGACACACGCAGACACACAGGAUAACACACAGUCUUUCCCAGCUUGUAAUUUUGGUGGGGGAUGUUUGGAGGAAUGCAGAGCUGAGGAGCUGAACUCCACUAAUUUUCUUUUACUGUCCUCACUGUCUUUAGUUUUACCGUCCUUCUCUCUGUGCCACUCUGAGACAGAUUAGAUUUGUAUCACAGAUUAUACAGAGCCUGUAAUCUGAUGUUAGUCAGAACAGUCAGCUCUGAGGGCACUGUUAGUCCUCUGACAAGCAGCAAACACCCCGUCUGAACUGGUUUGGCCCCAGUUUAGCUCACAGUUAGAUCCAGUUAGUCUGACCCACUGCUCAGAGCUUCAGCAGCAGCUCUGCAGUCCUCUUCCUCUUUCUGUGGUCAAGGGUGUUGGUGCAGAGGACGGUCCAGGGUUAGACCCUGAGCUCUUAGUCUGCAGCCUCAAACACACGCACACACACACAAACACAGCACAGAGUUCCUGUCAGCUGCUGAUUGAUGGUCCGAGUGUGUGUGUCACUCCUCUCUGCAUGUACAGCUCUGUCUCCUUACAUAAUAAGCUGUGUUUGUGUGUGCGUGUGUGUGUGUGCGUGUGACUGACCUGUUGCAACCUGUUUGCUGUCAGACUCUUCUUCAGCUCUGUUCUUUCUGCCCUCACCUUUACCACCAGGAAAGUCUCUGAGUUUCUGCAGAGAUCAACACUCAGGAUGAAACAUGAAACCUGAUUUAUACAAAUAUACAUAUAUGGACCCAGAAACACACUGACACACUGAGCGCACACACGCUGGUUCACAUGUUCUGUCCUGUUUCAGAGAUUAUCAUGUGUAAAUCUUGACUCGGACAAAUGUUCCCUCUCUCCUCAGCGAACGACUAUGGUCUGUUUCUGUCGGAUGAAGACCCAAAGAAAGGAAUCUGGUUAGAGGCUGGGAAAGCUCUGGACUACUACAUGCUGAGGAACGGGGUCAGUCCCACACACACACUGAACACACACCCCAUAAAUACCAUAAAUACCCAUAAAUAAAUUGGCUAUCAAUCAUGAUGAAAAUGAUAGCUGGUGAAAAAAGUAAAUAAUAUAAAAACUGUAGAUAAUGUAAACAGGGCAGAUAAUGGAGCUAAUGGAGAAAAUCAAGAUACUUAAUCAUCAAGAUUUAUUGAUGUAUAUAACAAAGAUUAUAAAGACAACGUUGACAUAGAUAAUAUAUCAAAUAAAAGCAAUGUUGAUGAACUUGUUAAUGAAGGACAUAAAGAUAACGAACGUGAUAUAGAAAUUGUGGAUUAAAAAGAAGGGUAGAAAUGCUGACUGUGUGGUUAUGCAGAUUACCUAGAUUAUGUAAAUGAUUUGGCUUCAGUGUGGGAUUAUUUGUUUUAAGCUAAUUUAUGAACAUAGGUAGUGUUGAUGGUUAAGAUAAUGUAGAUGAUAUAUAUAAUGUCGGUAUUAUGAAUAAUACAGAUAUUGAGUAUAUUGAGGUAAUAAUGGUUGCUAAAUUCCUGUGUUCUGAUUGGUUGGUUGUGUAUCAGGACACUCUGGAGUACAAAAAGAAGCAGCGUCCUCUGAAGAUCAGGAUGUUGGACGGGACCGUGAAGACCGUCAUGGUGGACGACUCCAAGAUCGUUAGUGACAUGCUGAUGACUAUCUGCGCCAGGAUAGGUCAGUCUGUCAUUGACCCCACCCACUCUCACCUGGACAACAGUCCUGUCUACUGAUUGGCUAACCUCUGCAGAACAUGGACUGACUGCGAUUUUCUUGUUGUGUAUGUGUGUGUUGGUGUAUUUGUGUGUGUGCUUAGGCAUCACUAACUAUGAUGAGUACUCGUUGGUGCGGGACAUCGGGGAGGAGAAGAAGGAGGAGACGACGGGGACGCUGAAGAGAGAUAAAACUCUGCUGAGAGACGACAAGAAGAUGGAGAAGCUGAAGCAGAAGCUGCACACAGACGAUGAGUGUAUGACACAAACACACACACACAUUCUCUCUCUCUCUCUCACACACACACUGACAGAGCCCUCAGGUGAGCUGACAACUAUACCUGUUCCUCUGUCUCUCAGUGAACUGGUUGGAUCACGGCCGGACUCUGAGGGAGCAGGGGGUGGAGGAGACAGAGAUGCUGCUGCUCAGGAGGAAGUUCUUCUACUCGGACCAGAACGUGGACUCCAGAGACCCAGUGCAGCUCAACCUGCUCUACGUACAGGUACACACACAUACCUAAAGCCGCUGCUCGUCCUUUCUGUGAGCUCUCUGACUCAGUUUGCUCCACUCUCUCUGGAUAACACCCUGACAUUAUUUCGCAUUAGGUAUUCGUCACUCUGGACAGGUCUGCUUAAUUACAUAACAGGUUCCUGAUCAGUCAGGUGAUCACUAUUUCUGUUGAUGUUGACAACCUGUGGAUAAAAUUUUUCAGUAUACAGGUUUCAAACAAAUCUGAUGUUAUAGAGUUCUGAGUUGGUAGCAGAUACAAACUCCUUCUCUGCACACAAGUUAGAACACUGGUCCAGCCAAUCAGAGCCUGUCUCCAUGACGAUGAUGAUGCUUUGAUGAUGAUAUUAACCUCUGUGUGGUCUUCAGGCCCGUGACGACAUCCUGAACGGCUCCCAUCCUGUCUCCUUCGAUAAGGCCUGUGAGUUUGCGGGUUACCAGUGUCAGAUCCAGUUUGGAGACCACAACGAGUCCAAGCACAAGCCCGGAUUCUUAGAGUGAGUUCAUUACCAUGGUUACAUCUAUCAUUAGUAUUAUGGGAUGUCCCUAUUUGUGAUUGUGUGUGUGUGUCUGACACUGCUGUGUCUGUCCUCAGUCUGAAGGAGUUUCUGCCCAAAGAGUACAUCAAGCACAAAGGAGAGAAAAGGAUCUUCCAGGUAAAUAGACCCUCUGCUCACCUGUCAGGUCCGUCCAUGAUCCUCUGAAUUAACCUGGAUAUACCCUGUUUGUGCGUAGGCUCAUAAAAACUGUCAGAACAUGACGGAGAUCGAGGCUAAAGUCAGCUAUGUGAAGCUGGCUCGCUCUCUGAAGACAUACGGAGUCUCCUUCUUCCUGGUCAAGGUAAGAACUGACUCUUCCCACAGCUGAUCAAGAGUUUAUCAGGACUGAAAAAGAACACAGAGGAGCUGAGUUUCUGCCUAUAGCUGUAUUUGCUGUCUACUGACCUGUUUCACAGACAUAUUUCGUAUUUCAACCUCUACUCCACCCCUUCUCAUUAAUAUAUAAACAUUAUAAACCUUGUAAAGCUGCAUUCGUGUAAAAACCUGUUCUGCCCCGCCCCUGCAGGAGAAGAUGAAAGGAAAGAACAAACUGGUCCCUCGCCUCCUGGGAAUCACGAAGGAGAGUGUGAUGAGAGUGGACGAGAAGACGAAGGAGGUUAUCCAGGAGUGGAACCUGACAAACAUCAAACGCUGGGCCGCCUCCCCCAAGAGCUUCACCCUGGUGAGAGGGAGGGGGAGAGAGAAAAAAUCAUGAGACUUAUCCCCUUCCACGGAUUAACUGGAGUAUCGCCAUAGUAACUCUGUCAAACAGUGAUGGAUGUGAGCAAUGUGGUUAGACUCAGCCCCCCCUGCUGUGUGAGUGAUAUUUGUGUGUGUGUAUUUCAGGACUUUGGAGAUUAUCAGGAUGGAUAUUAUUCAGUUCAGACCACAGAGGGAGAGCAGAUCGCUCAGCUGAUCGCAGGAUACAUCGAUAUCAUACUCAAAAAGGUAACACACACACCUAUACACACAGGUAACAAACACAAACACGUACAUACAGUCACAGUUCACAUAAGCUUUGAAAAGUCAGCAAGUGGUCGAAGGAUUGCAGUUUUUCAACAGAAGAAUGAGAGAACAUUUUGACUGAUAAAACAUAAAACACUGACGUCUCGAUGUUUGUUUUUCUGUUUUUGUGAAAAAAAAAAAAAAAAAGAGAGAGAACUUAAGUCAACAUUUGAAAAGUCAAGGCAGAUGGAAAAGUACUUAGUAAGUACUCUCAUCGCCACGAAAAACUUCUGGGUUUCUGUUCCUUUAUUGUAAGAACAAAAACAAGGUCAAUAUUGUGGUUGAGUUAGGUUUGGAAAAAGCAUGUUAAAAUACAGUAAACAUGAGCCGGUAACAUGCUGUAGAUACAUUUUUAUUGAAUUGGUUGAAACAACUGAUAGAGGGUAACAAAGCAGGACUGGUAUUUGUUUCACAAGCAGUACCAAACCGUUUAAUUCUACAUAUUUUAACAGAAUUAGUCCUAACAUCAACCACUGACUGUGUUUUAUUUUGAUUUGAUGUCAUUAAGAAUUUCAAAAUCACAAAAUGGCAACAAUUAGUUUGAUUAAUCAGCCCACUGAUUGAUCAGUGUAUCGUGAAUGUAAGCCAUCAGUUUCUGAUUCUGAUUGUGCGUGUUUGUGUGUGUGUGAACAGAAAAAGAGUAAGGAUCACUUCGGUCUGGAAGGGGAUGAAGAGUCCACCAUGCUGGAAGACUCUGUCUCUCCUAAAAAGUGAGUCCACCUGUGAGACAGGUAACAAUCAGGUGUCCACAGGUGUGAGAUAGAAACAUAACCUUGUGACUCUGUUUCAGUUUUUACAUCAGCUCCUACAUCAGGACUGCAGGGCUGAAGCAAAACUAUCACCUGCUGUAAAUUAAUGAUAAUAUAUUAACACAGCUCCCUCUGCAGGUCGACUGUGUCACAGCAGCUAUUAAAACCUUAUGUGAAAUAAUAAUAAUAAAUCAUUAAUAAUAAUGUCAAUAAUGAUAGUUUGAUAACAUUAAGCUUCUCCCCCUUUAGGUCGACGGUGCUGCAGCAGCAGUUUAACCGAGUGGGGAAGGUGGAGACGGGCUCAGUGGCGCUGCCUGCCAUCAUGAGGUCAGGAGCUGGCGGUCCAGAGAGUUUCCACAUGGGCUCCAUGCCUCAAGCCCAAAAACACAUCACCAGCGGACAGAUGCACCGUGGACACAUGCCGCCCCUGGUAACACACACUCACAUACACACGACUGUAAAGUCAGAUCCAAUGAUUUUAUAGUUGACUGAGAGGAUUUAUCCACAGUCAGCUUAUUUUAGAUCAAACAUUGUUAAGAGAGUUAAACUGGACACCCACUGUCAUGUACAUGUUCUCAGAUGUCUGCAACAAACUGGCAGAUCUCCAACUCCUGAUUUCCUUUUGUCUGUCUCUCUGUUAGACAUCAGCCCAGCAGGCUCUGACUGGAACCAUUAACUCAAGUAUGCAGGCUGUACAGGCGGCUCAGGCCUCUCUGGAUGACCCUGAUAGUCUGCCACCACUGGGAACAGACCCUGUAAGAUUUACCCCUCUAUCUACCUGAAAUUUUUUUACCUAGGACCUGUUAUUUCCUAAGUUUACAGUAACUGAUUGGAGCUCUAAACCUGUUUCUUCUCUCUGUUCAGGCGUCUCAGGCGUGGCGCCUUAACAACAUGGUCAAGUCCAAACACGAGAUCCAUUCUCAGGUGGAUGCUAUCACAGCAGGCACUGCUUCCAUGAUCAACCUAACUGCAGGUACGCACUCCUUCAACAGUUCCCUGUCAUGGUCUGUGUUAGAUAGUAAAGUAAUGUAUAGUAAAGUCUGAUCCCUCGCCCUCUCUGCUCACCUGUCCUCAGGCGACCCUGCAGAGACAGACUACACGGCAGUGGGCUGUGCGGUCACCACCAUCUCCUCCAACCUGACGGAGAUGUCGAAGGGCGUGAAGCUGCUGGCGGCGCUGAUGGAUGACGAGGGAGGAAACGGACAGCAGCUGCUGGGUGCCGCCAAGAACCUGGCCUGUGCCGUGUCUGACAUGUUAAAGACCGCCCAGCCCGCCAACACCGAGGUAACCAUACAAGAAAAAGAGAGGAGGGGGAGACAGUGUGUUAGAUUUUGACUGUUCAUGAUUUUUAUAUUCAGUCAGACAGAAGUUAAUGUAAAUACAGAGACACAAAGACAUGUCUCAUGUUUCUGUUUGAUUUAAUGUCUCCAGCCUGGAGGGAAACUGUUGAGUGCAGAUAAAAAACAUGUUCCUGAUGCUGCAGUCUGACCUGUCUCCUCUUUGUGUGUUUCUCUGUGUCUCUGUUUGUCUCUAAUUGUCCUUGUGUGUCUCACCAUGUCCCUCUUAUUGUACCUAUAGCCUCGUCAAAACCUGCUGCAGGCUGCAGGAAACGUGGGUCAGGCGAGUGGCGAGCUACUGUCUCAUAUUGGAGAGACGGACACAGAUCCUCAGUUCCAGGUGAGUCUAUUUCUCAGAGACAGACAGGCAGAUGUCUCUAACAGCAGAGAAUCGUUUCAUGAGCCAGAGAUUUUUUUUUGUUCUUGUGAGGAGAAACUUAAUUUAAUUUUACUGAAUAAUUCAUUUAGUUUGACUUUGGUUAAGUUCACCAUCUCAGAUUUGUUUAUGAACGCCAAAGCAGCAUUGUUAUUUAUUUUUAACAUGUUCACACAGACUCUGGAUUUCUAGCUGAUCUGCGUUAGCUCUGUCUCUGCUCUGACACAAUUUGGCUGUCAGCACCACAGACUGUGUAAUAAACAGAUAAUAAACAACGGCAGCAGUCACCAUAUUGGAAAUGCUGACUCAGCCAUAUUUUACUUGACCUACCAGAGGCGGGCAUUAAGCCUCCUACAGUGUGCCCACCUGUCAGUCAAUCUGAUUCGCCAAUCUCAUAACCUUAAUAAGCCUAGCCUUUGGUGCCUCGACAUGUUUUAACUUUUUCAUUUGUAGUGUUUUCCCCUGAGUCUGGACUCUCAGGUGGUCUCACUCAUUAAACAAACAACAUUCAUCUAGUUUUAAACACAGCAGUGUGUGAUGUGCAGUGUGUUUUAAAUGUGUGAUGUGUACCUGUGUAAGUUUGUAGGUAGAGGAUCAGUCAGAGGGGACAGAUGGAGAGUCAGCUCCUAUUCUCACCUGAUGGUAACACGCCUGAUCCGAACAUCCAUACUGAACCAGUCAGAUCAAUCUGAGACGAAAAAUCAUCGAAUCACCGAUCAGCCUUCCUAUUAGAGUCAAAUUAACCAAUCAAGAGUCAAUCCUUCAAUCAAACUUCACUCUUUUUGUUCUUACAUUAUUAAUCAGACUUGAUAGGCUUUUGUUAUGAUCACCAUGGUAACUACUUUCCAAUCCCAGGAAUCUCCAGUUUGAUACCAGGUGAUCAUUUUUGCUCUCCACCACAAAAAUGAUCACUUUUUAUCAAAUUUCAUUUUCUGCACUCCUUUUCAUUUUUGCUUGAUAAUGAGAGAAUGAGAAUUCAAAGCAUUUUCUUAUACUGUGUAAAGUCAUGCACCCCCUGCUGGACAUUUAGAAGAAUGCAGAUUUGAAACUCUCAUUAUCAGCCUAUUAUUGUGGGUUAAUCUCUGUAAUUCCUGUUGUUUUUUUCUGCCAGCUCAAUGUCACCAUCCUUCCUGUUAAAGAGCUAACUGGUGCUAACUAAGGUGUCUCUCCUUCUGCAGGACAUGCUAAUGCAGCUUGCCAAAGCUGUGGCCAACGCGGCGGCGGCUCUGGUCCUGAAAGCGAAGAACGUGGCCCAGAAGAGCGAGGACUCGACCCAGCAAAAUCGGGUCAUUGCUGCAGCCACUCAGUGCGCCCUGUCCACAUCCCAGCUGGUUGCCUGCACCCGGGUGAGUUUACCUGAGAGAAAGGAGAUUAUGAACUGAAAUCAGAGAUAAAAAAUAUUCUGAACACAUGCUCUGUUGAGGUCACAUGACCUCCCUCAUGUUUGAGCCAACACACCUGUGUGUGAGAUUUCCUGCAAGGAGUGAACACACCGUGUGUCCUUCAGGUGGUGGCACCCACCAUCAGCUCACCGGUGUGUCAGGAGCAGCUGAUUGAAGCAGGGAAACUUGUGGCCAAAUCAGUGGAAGGCUGCGUGGAGGCGUCGCAGGGGGCCACCAAUGAUGAGGGGCUCCUGAAGCAGGUGGGCGUGGCCGCCACGGGUGUGACUCAGGCACUCAAUGAGCUGCUGCAGCACAUCAAACAGUAUGCCAGUGGCGGGCAUCCAAUUGGAAGGCAUGGAGAGGCAACAGACCGCAUUCUAGACGUGACUGAGAACAUCUUCAGCUCCAUGGGAGACGCAGGUAGGUGGAGCCUAACUAGGAUAGGCACCUCCCCCAGGUGAUACACCUGAGGUUAGACUGAGUCUUUGUCAGGACAGGUACCAGCUGUGACAGGGUUCACCUGGAACUAACUGGUGGGUGUGUCAGCUACACACCUGAUCACUGUCAGGCUGUUGAUCAUAAGCUCUGUUCACUCUGACCUUUAGUUACCUUCAGCUGACUUUACUUCAGGCUCACCUGCUCUGUCCCUCCUCCAGGUGAGAUGGUGCGCCAGGCUCGUAUCCUCGCUCAGGCGACCUCUGAUCUGGUCAAUGCCAUCAAGAUGGAUGCGGAAGCAGAGUCUGACUUGGAGAACUCGCGUAAACUGCUCUCCGCCGCCAAACUGCUUGCUGACGCCACAGCUAAGAUGGUGGAGGCUGCAAAGGUCAGAGACCUUUAUACUGCAUCACACCGCCCUUAGGGUCUGAAGUCAGUGUGUUUAUACCUGUGUGUUUAUUUCUGUGCGUGUGUGUGUGCUUACAGGGGGCAGCAGCAAACCCUGAUAGUGAGGAGCAGCAGCAGAAGCUCAGAGAAGCGGCUGAAGGUCUCCGUAUGGCCACGAAUGCCGCCGCACAGAACGCCAUCAAGAAACGCCUCGUCAACAAGCUGGAGGUAAGAAGGGGCAGAGCUUAGACUAAACACACCUGAGUCAUGUUUAGAUGUUUAGUGAAUGUGUCUUAUCAGAAAAGAAGACUGAUAGUUCCUAACAAACUGCACCAUCAAAUAGCGCCCCCUGUUGGUCAUGGAGGGAAGAGAUUUAGUCAGAGUGGCGUCUCAAAGAUUUUAUUGCUUUAAAAUGAGCUGGUCUCUGAAUUAUCCUCAUUUUCUUCAUUAUCUUCAUUACCUGAAUGAUCUAAACUUGUCCGUCUGUUUUUCAGAAUGCAGCGAAGCAGGCAGCGGCAGCAGCGACCCAGACCAUCGCUGCAGCUCAACAUGCAGCUUCAGCCAACAAGAACCAGGCCGCCCAGCAACAACUGGUCCAGAGCUGCAAGGUAACACACACACACACACGCACACACAUACACACACAUUAAACAGUAAAUACUUUACCUUUCCUUAAAUACUAAUAUUAAUCUCCUUAAUAUGUGUCUUUGUGUGUCUCUCUGUGUUAUUGACUCCAGGUGGUCGCAGAUCAGAUCCCUCAGCUGGUUCAGGGGGUCAGAGGAAGUCAGUCUCAGCCUGACAGUCCCAGCGCUCAGCUCGCUCUCAUCAGCGCCUCACAGAACUUCCUGCAGGUAAAGACACACACACAGAUAUACCUGGAGACAACACACACAGUCACAGAGUUGGAGACAGAGGAGAAACACACUGCUUUAACUCAGUAAACCGGCAACAUAAUGAAUAAAACCAGACAGGUGUGUUCGAGGGUCUGCAGGUCAUGUGACAUGUUAAGAAGAGGAACUCUCUGAAACCUUACCUUACUGUGUCUUUCAUACUUUUACUCAGGUAUUUUUUUAGAUGUAUUAUUUAAUCCUCCAUUGUUGUGAAAAUCCACACAUAGCACAGACAGUAAUCGUCACUAAAGCUGUGACACUGUCAGAUUUAUUGAUGAUUUCAACAGAAAUCAGCACUAACUGUGAAUAUCUCUCUGUCUCAGCCUGGGGCUAAGAUGGUGACAGCAUCCAAAGCCACCGUCCCAACCAUCAGUGACCAGGCAUCUGCCAUGCAGCUGAGUCAGUGUGCAAAGAACCUCGCCAGCGCCCUCGCAGAACUCAGAACUGCCUCUCAGAAGGUAACACUCACCCCGCUGGUCUGAUUAUUGUAAACACUCCGUAUGUGUGCAUGUGUGUGUGUGCUCAAUGCGUGUGUUAAAUAUAUCUGUGUACAGGCUCAGGAGGCGUGCGGCCCCUUGGAGAUCGAUAACGCUCUGUCGAUGGUCAGAGACCUGGAGAAAGACCUGCAGGAGGCCAGAGCUUCAGCUGAUGCAGGAAAACUGAAACCUUUACCUGGAGAGACGGUGAGACACAGACACACACACACACACACAGAAAUAUACAAAGUGAAUUGUAGCAUUCUCCUUCUAUGAGACUUUAUAAUGUGUUCAUAUAUUAUCAUACUGUAUGUGUGUCUGUUUCUGUCAGUUGGAGAAGUGCUCUCAGGAUCUGGGGACGAGCACCAAAGCUGUGAGUUCAUCCAUCGCUCAGCUGCUGAGUGAGGCCACGCAGGGCAAUGAGAACUACACAGGUGAGCUCACCUGGCUGACCAACAACUGAUCACCUCAGAUUGACAGGUGGUUAGUAAUGUAACCCUCCUGUUGUAUUUCUGGUAUAAACACCUGUUUCCUGUGGGCUCAGGCAUGGCAGCUCGAGAAGUGGCUCAGGCUCUGAGGUCAUUGGCGUCAGCAGCUCGAGGAGUUGCCGCCACCACCGAUGACCCCCAGGCUCAGGCCGCCAUGUUAGACUGCGCCAGAGAUGUCAUGGAUAAAUCAGCUAAUCUGAUCGAAGAGACCAAGAGAGCCAUCGCCAAACCAGGAGACGCCGAGAGUCAGCAGAGACUGGCUCAGGUCAGAGACACUCAGAGAGACACAGAGACAAACAUAAAGAUACAAAGGGGUCAUAAUUACAACCACAGUAUUUUUAAUGUUGUUACAGGGUCAUGUUUUUAUCGUGAUUUGUCAGCUCCACUCUCUGAAAAUGUUUUCAAUAGGGGACAAUUCAAGACUGCAGGCAGGCCAGUUUAGCAGCAGGACUCUUCUACUACAGAGCCACGCUGUUGUAAUACCUGCAGAAUGUGGUUUAGCUCCAAACCCUGAAUAUGUAGUUCAGCAUUAAUGGACCCUUCACAGACCCUUUAGCAGACCAUCAGAUUCUGUUUUUAUCAAUAUUUUACAACAACAUUUUUGGGGAUGUAGUUGUAGAUUCAGAUGAAGUCCUCAGAAUUCAAACAAACCUGCAGGUGAUGAUACUGAGUUAUUGUAUAUCUGUGUGUUUACAUAUGUUUUUAUAUGUAAUUAUGUAUGUUUGAAUUUAAAUGUGUAUUUUUAUUUGUGUCCAGGUGGCUAAAGCGGUGUCUCAGGCCUUGAACAGGUGUGUGAAUUGCCUGCCCGGUCAGAGAGAUGUGGAUAACGCCAUCAGGACGGUGGGCGAGGCCAGCAAGACUCUGCUCUCUGACUCGGUGAGUUUGUCUGUGAGGGGGAAAUACUUCCCCUGGUGGUCACAUGGAGAACUGCAGGGGCACUUUUACGAACUGUCAGUCAUAGAUGAUUACUAAAACGAAAAGUAGUGGAAAAGUCCAGUUUUCAAGAUUGCUGUUAGUGUCUUAAACUGAUAGCUGUGAACGCAGACUACACCAAGUUUUCACUCCUCUUAGUGUGUUGGUUUAUUCUUCAGACAAAAUUAUUUUCAUAUGGACAAAGAUGGAUGUUUGAAAAUCAAACCGAGUGUAGACAAUCAGACUGACAGAUAGGAACAGUCAGUAAAUUUAAGCACCUGUCAGUCUACAGUUCCUCUGCUCUCAGGUGAUUUCUGUCCUCUUCCUCUCUUCGUAGUUCCCAUCCAGCGGGCGGAGCUUCCAGGAGGUCCAGGCUCAGCUAAACGAGACUGCGGCCGGUCUGAACCAAUCAGCUAAUGAGGUAGUCCAGGCCUCCAGGGGAACCACCCAGGACCUGGCUCGGGCCACCAGCAAGUUUGGACAUGACUUCAGCAACUUCCUGGAGGCAGGGAAAGACAUGGCGGGAACCUCACAGGUGAGGAGGAGCGUUUUUACCUGAGUGGUGAAGGUGAAGCAGGGUUAGGAUGAAUGAAUAAACUGUGUGCUGUCAUGCUGAAAGAAGACUGUAGUCCACACACUUGAACUGUAAAAGUCUCUGUUACCUACUCUAAAACCUGUCCACCUGUCCUCCCUUUGUCUUCUGCAGUCCAAAGAAGACCAGACUCAGGUGGUCUCGAAUCUUAAGACCAUCUCCAUGUCCUCAAGCAAACUGCUGCUGGCUGCUAAAGCUCUGUCCACCGACCCGUCCUCCCCCAACCUCAAGAACCAGCUGGCCUCUGCCGCCAGGUGAGGCACAUGAGCUACCUGUCUGUCCUUACUUCAGUCUGUCUGUCUGUUUGUGUCUCACACAGCUGUCUCUCUAUCGCUCUCUCUCUCUCUCUCCAUCUGUCUCUCAGAGCGGUGACGGACAGCAUCAAUCAGCUGAUUACAAUGUGCACUCAGCAGGCUCCGGGCCAGAAAGAGUGUGACAACGCCCUGAGAGAGCUGGAGGUACAAACACACUCAUAGACACACACACACACACAAACACACACGUACACAAAGUAGAUUGUAGCAGUUUCUUUAUAUGAGACUUAAUAAUGUGUAGUGACUUCCUCUCUGCAGCAUGUUUAGUGGUCAUGCAGUGUGUGUUUUUUGUGUGUGUUGUAACCUUUUGUGUAUUGUGUGUAUGUGUGUGUACAGUCGGUGAAGGGGAUGCUGGAGAACCCGUCGGAGGCGGUGAACGAGUUGUCAUACUUUGACUGUAUUGACAGCGUGAUGGAGAACUCAAAGGUACGACCUCCUCGAGUUUAGCCUCAGACUGAUGAGGUCAGAGUUUGUUAAAUGAGGCUUAACUUCCUGUUUCCUGUGUCCAGGUGCUGGGCGAGUCCAUGGCAGGUAUUUCCCAUCAUGCAAAGAACUCUAAUCUGCCGGAAUUCGGUGACUCAGUAAGCGGCGGAUCCAAGGCUCUGUGUGGUCUGACUGAGGCUGCAGCUCAGGUGAGACUCACCCGUGACCUUAGUUUAGGUGCUGCAGGUGUGCAGGUGCAAUUUUAACCCUGGUCUUUGUCUGCAGGCUGCCUACCUGGUGGGUAUAUCCGACCCCAACAGCUCAGCGGGUCAGAAGGGUCUGGUAGAUCCUGCUCAGUUUGCCCGGGCCAACCAGUCCAUCCAGAUGGCCUGUCAGAACCUGGUGGACCCGGCUUGCACCCAGUCCCAGGUACCUGCCCGGACUCAUUUGGGAUCAUCACAUCUCCUCCUUCAUAACAUGCUCUAAUGAUGGUGUGUUUAUGUGUGUGUGUUCAGGUGCUCUCUGCUGCCACCAUCGUAGCCAAACACACCUCAGCUCUGUGCAACGCCUGUCGCCUCGCUUCCUCCAAAACCACCAACCCUGUCGCUAAGAGGCAAUUCGUCCAGUCUGCCAAAGAGGUCGCCAACACCACGGCCAACCUGGUCAAGUCCAUCAAGGUGAGGAGGGAUGGUGCUCCAGAGUAAGUCAGCUUUUAGCAGGUAGAUGGAGAGCAGAGUCACACGGAGACUGUGUGCAUAUGCUUACUGGUUCACGCCUGCUCUGAUUGGCCCAACACCUGAAGGCUUUCUGAACAAGCAGGACGUGAUUGGCUGUGAAGACAUUGUUAAAAAUGAAGACUAAUGUAGAACUAAAGGUCGACCUGUGUGUGUGUGUGUGUGUGUGUGUGUGUGUGUGUGUGUGUGUGUGUGUGUGUGUGUGUGUGUGUGUGUGUGUGUGUGUGUGUGUGUGUGUGUGUGUGUGUGUGUUCGCAGGCUCUCGACGGAGCAUUUAACCAGGAGAACAGGGAGAAGUGUCGAGCGGCCACCGGUCCUCUGAUUGAAGCCGUUGAUAAUCUGACCGCCUUCGCCUCUAACCCUGAGUUUGCCAGCAUCCCGGCUCAGAUCAGCCCUGAGGUCAGUCUCACCUGGAGGAUUUACCUGUUCAUGGUUACCUCAUCAUUCUCCAUCCUCACCUUCUUCUUCUCUCUCAUCUAGGGUCACGCUGCCAUGGAGCCCAUCGUCAUGGCUGCUAAGACGAUGCUGGAGAGCUCAACCGGUCUGAUCCAGACGGCCCGCUCGCUUGCCGUCAACCCCAAGGACCCGCCUAAAUGGUCGGUGCUCGCUGGACACUCCAGGACGGUCUCUGACUCCAUCAAGAAGCUCAUCACCAACAUGAGGUUAAAAAAAAUACACAUAAACAAAAAACACGUACCAGGGCUGCUCAUAUUUGAUGUUACUGCCGAUACCAAUAGUUUUUAUUCACUCAUUACUUUUGGUUGUGUGUGUGUUUCUGUGUGUGUGUUUGUGUGUUUGUGUUGCAGAGAGAAAGCUCCUGGUCAGAGAGAGUGUGAUGAUGCCAUUGAGGUGUUGAACGGCUGCAUCAGAGAGGUGGACCAGGCUUCACUGGCUGCUAUCAGCCAACAGCUCACGCCACGAGAGGACAUCUCUAUGGAGGUAUACACACACACACACACACACACACACACACACACACACACACACACACACACACACACACACACACACACACUUCAAUAUUAAAGGUAUCGAUGUAUCUAUUUUAGUUACUCUCUGUGAUGAGUUUGUAAUAAUGUGUCUCACUUGUGUCUCAGACGCUCCAUGGUCAGAUGGCGGCGUCCGUCCAUGAGAUCAGUAACCUGAUUGACCCUGUCGCUGUGGCUGCUCGAUCAGAGGCCUCCCACCUUGGACACAAGGUACACACACUCCAGACCCGAGUGUUUUAAAAGGAUGUAAUCUGGUUCAAACUGGUGUGAACUGGUUAAAGUGGUGUAAACUGUGUUAAAUUGGUUCCUUCAGUUUAAGUCCAUCUGGUAUAAUCUUGUCUCUGUGUCUCACCUAUCCAGGUGUCUCAGAUGGUGAGUUACUUUGAGCCCCUCAUCAUGGCAGCAAUUGGCACGGCGUCCAAGAUCCUUAGCAGCCAGCAGCAGAUGGCAGUCUUGGACCAAACCAAGACCCUGACAGAGUCCGCCCUGCAGAUGCUCUACACUGCCAAAGAAGCCGGAGGAAACCCUAAGGUGAGACCAUCACCCAGGAAGUAAAGCUGUUAGCUUAAAGAUUUCUAAGUAUUUCUAAGUAUUACUGUUAGUCCCUGUGUCUGUUCUGAUUGGUGGAAAUUACCAGAGCAAUAUCACAAAACAAUUACAAGUAUGUUUGUAUUGUGUGUUUGUGUGUCCUCAGGCAGCACACAUGCAGGAAGCUCUGGAGGAGUCCGUUCAGAUGAUGAAAGAGGCAGUGGACGAUCUCGGGGCGACGCUGGCUGAAGCAGCGAGCGCAGCUGGGGCAGUGGGCGGCAUGGUGGACUCCAUCAACGACUCCAUCAACAAGAUGGAGGAUGCUCCCACUCUAGAGCCUGAGGGUACCUUCGUGGACUACCAGACCACCAUGGUGAAGACCGCCAAGGCCAUCGCUGUCACCGUGCAGGAGAUGGUGAGUCAUGAUUGAUCAGAAUCGAUUCAUUGAAAGAAAGUCGGUUAUUUAACUACUGAAACAGGAAGUACAGAUAUUCACACAGGUCAAAGAUCAGUUUCCAGUUUCUCUGACUCUUUUACACUUGUCCUCAGGUGACCAAGUCCAACACAAAUCCUGAUGACCUUGGAGGAUUAGCCAAUCAGCUGACCAACGAGUUCGGAAACCUGGCUGAUGAAGCCAAAUACGCUGCCAUUACAGCCGAGAAUGACGAGGUACAACACACAGCCCCCCCUCAGUGUGCUCAUAGUGUCUGUGGACUUAAUUAUAUUCAAACCUUCUUACCUGUUCAUUCUCACCUGACCCUUCAGAUCGGCUCCCACAUCAAGAAGCAGGUUGGCGAGCUGGGAUUCAGCUGCACGGGUCUGGUGACCAAAGCUGGAGCUCUGCAGUGCAGCCCCAACGACAGCUUCACCAAGAAAGAGCUGAUUGAGAGCGCUCGCAAAGUCUCAGAGAAGGUCACGCCACGCGCCACCAACACACACACACACAGAGACACACUUGUAUAUUUACUGUUAGUUAAAUAUCUCAUGUAAGCCUGUUCAUAUUUGUGUAAAAUCUCAUGUUCUGAUUCUUGAACCUAAAACACGAAGGAGGAGAAGGUCACCUGUCAUCUCUGCAUGUUUCGAUUUAAGCAGAUGCUUCAUAUACACACAUAUUGUGUUUUAUUUGAAGACAGAAAGGAGGGACUGUGAAUGAGGGAUGAGAUGCAGGGAGAGGUUAAUGUGAUCAAUCUGGAUGUUUUGGGGAUGUCUUCUGACACAUGAACACAGCGGGUUUAUUUCUAUCCGACCCCUUCAGCUCUAUGACGAAUCUGUCUGUAAACACGAACUGACUCUGUUGUUAAAUCGAACUUUUUAAAAACUCUUUGUCAAGUUUCCCCCUCAGGUGUUGACAGUCUGCUCUCUCUGCAGGUGUCUCACGUGCUGGCGUCCCUGCAGGCCGGCAACCGUGGAACCCAGGCUUGCAUCACAGCCGCCAGCGCCGUGUCGGGUAUCAUCGCGGACCUUGACACCACCAUCAUGUUCGCCACAGCAGGAACUCUAAAUAGAGAGAAUGAAGAGACAUUCGCCGACCACAGGUACAAACUCAGAGACAGACAGAGACAUAGAGGACGCUUUGACUCUGCAGCGCCUGAAAUCUCUUACAUAAAGAUAUAAUGAAACUGUUAGAUUUAAAGACAACACUGUGUGUGUUUGCGGGUAUUUCAGAAAGCUGAUCCCAGAGAUAAGUUCAAAACUCUUAAAUGUUGUGUAUCAAGAUUUUUAAAAGCCUUAAAUCGGAUGUACUGACAUCUGUUUGUGUUUUAGAGAGUUGAUCCUGAAGACGGCCAAAGCUCUGGUGGAAGACACCAAGCUGCUGGUCUCUGGAGCUGGAGCGAGUCAGGAGAAACUGGCCCAGGCUGCCCAGUCCUCUGUGUGUACCAUCACCAAACUGGCUGAUGUGGUCAAACUGGGAGCUGCCAGUCUGGGAUCAGAGGACCCAGAGACACAGGUACAGGGGGAAUAGAUGAAGGAGUCAGACCACAUUAAGCAGUCAGAGGGGUCCAUUUCUUUCAAAGCUGUGGUUGGAGGUUUUGAUCUAGAACUUUUCAAGAGUUUUCUUCAUGUUUCAGCUGAAUGUAUCCCAAAUUUUAGGAUCAUGAAGAUAAACUAAAGCUGGAGAUUAACCAAUCAGAGCUGAGAUUCAGAUCAGAGGGAUCAGACCUCAGGGUAAAAGACAGAAAUAACAAUCUCAUCUGACACAGCUUCAUAACAGAGACAGGAAAAGUAAAAGUCUGAUGAUUAAAAACAGAUAAAGCUUUCUUUGUAAUAUUUAAGAGUCUAUUUGAACUCCUGACUUCUAGAUAUUUAAAACUGCUGUCCGAUCAGAAAUUAUCCCCCUCUCUAAAUCAGCUCCUAAAAGCCUCCUUCAGUCCAGAUAAGACUGUCUGUGUGUUCCAUCACACUCAUCUUCAUAAAAUCAUCUGUGUGGACUCGUGUUGGUAAAGUCCUGGUUUUGCAUCUGCAGGUGGUUCUUAUCAAUGCGGUGAAGGACGUGGCCAAAGCUCUGGGCAACCUGAUCAGCACCACCAAGGCGGCCGCAGGAAAACCCCAUGAUGACCCGAGCAUGCUGCAGCUGAAGAACUCUGCAAAGGUAGAACAGAGAGCAUGAGCUUAAGUAUGUAAAUCAAAGAGUGUUUUAACUGCUAAUCCCUCUGUGAUCAGCUGAAUAAACCCUUCAUCCAUCUCUCCUUUAUUUAGUUUUGUCAGCGUUAGUUCAUUCAUUUGUCGUCUGUUUUGUAUCAAAGCUGCUCCAGCUAACACUCAAACACCUGUCCAAUCAGCAGUCUCAAUGCACCUGUACGGUUCAUGGUCAGUCUGUAACCUCGCCCCUGUCAUGUGAUCAUCAGGUCAUGGUGACCAACGUGACGUCUCUCCUGAAGACGGUGAAGGCGGUUGAGGACGAGGCCACCAAGGGAACAAGAGCUCUGGAGGCAACCAUCGAGCACAUCAAGCAGGAGCUGACGGUGAGUGAGACAGGAGGAGGAGCUUCUGAAGGACGCUCUGCAAGGGGGAGGAGCUUAACGUGUGCUGGGCUGAAAUAAGACGCAUAACUCACCUGGCAGAAUAAUGGCAGGUUAAUGAGACACUAACCCUCCACUCACUGACCUUCUUUCGAUCGCUCUCAGGUGUUCAGCAGCUCUGAGCCUCCUGCAAAGACCACUACACCUGAGGAGUUCAUCCGUAUGACCAAAGGCAUCACCAUGGCAACUGCCAAAGCAGUGGCUGCUGGGAACUCGUGUCGUCAGGAGGACAUCAUUGCCACGGCUAACCUGAGUCGCAGAGCCAUCGCCGACAUGCUGCACUCCUGCAAGGUGAGCACAGGUGUAGCUGUUUUACCUGAGGCUGUGGAAUAAGAUAAACUCCUGCAAGGUUAGCACAGACGGGACUCUGUACUUGGCUUAUAUAUCAUACAGGGGUUAUUAUAUAAUAAUGUAGUGUAAUUUUCCUGAGCUCUGUCUGUGGGUCUGCAAAGUAACUCCAUUCAGCUCUGUAGUGGGUGUCUCCAUGUAGAGGACCAUGAAUCAGAUCUGGUUUGGGGUUAAGUCAGUCUCAGCCUUAUUGAUCCUGUCUCUUCUCCCUGGUGUUUCUUAGUGGCCCCAAAAAGAUAAUGACCAAUCCAUAAAUGGUGAACUGUCAGACAUGGUGCUGAUUGAGUCAUCCAAACUCUAAUGAUUCAGCAGGGAGGACAGGAAGAGACACAAAGAGCUCUGAAUGUGUGUGAUUCAGACUGACUUUUUUUUUAUUUCUCUGCCCCUUCCUCAACAGGAAGCAGCGUAUCACCCCGAGGUCAGUAAGGAGGUCCAGAUGAGGGCUCUGCGUUUUGGGAAUGAGUGUGCUACAGGAUACCUGGGCCUGCUGGAGCACGUGCUGGUGGUAAGACUCCAUCACUUGCACAAACAAACACACACACACAAUAUUUGAGCCUAUUCUAAACUUAUAGGAUAAAAACUUAUUUACACAAUGAAACAAGAUCUGAUAUGACAAUCUAACGACUUAAAAGAGGCUCAUAUAUAUGACUCUCACUCAGCUCACAGAGGAGCUCUAUCUGUACAUUAAUGGAUUUUUAAUGACUUCUUCCUCCUUUUCCUCUUCUUCCUCACUCUGUCCCUCGUCUCUUUACAGUCAUAGAUAAACUGUAUAUCUAUAAUUUUCAGAUUCAGAUAUCUGCUCUCUGCUGUCUCAUGGUUAAUGACCUCCUCCUCUUCCUCGCUCCUCCUCCUCCUCUUUGUCAUUCUGCUUCUGCUCUUUAAACUUGAUGCUCUUUGAUGUAAAAGCCGGUGAGUAGGUCACGUGACUUACCUGCAUAGGUGUGAGUCUGCAGUGAUUCAUGUGUGUUAGUGUAGAGCAUGUUUGAGUCCUCACACAUUAAAGAGACAAUCUAUUAAACAACCCGACUGUGUGUGUGUGUGUGUGGGGGGGAAAUCAGCCCAGUGCUUCUUUAUUCGUCAAUGAAACAUUAAGCUAAACCUCACUGAGAUAACAUGGUAGGCUCAGGUGGGAAGUAGGUACGAGUGUGUGCUGCCCUCUGGUGGCAGAGAGGAGAAACACUAAGGGUUAAAAAGAACAAACAGCUGAUCAUCAAAGGAAAGUUUCUGCAGCCUGAGAUCACUAACACAGACUAACAUCUGACUGCUGUUUGCAGCCCUUUUCUGCCUCGCACAGACUCACCUGUAAAGCGUUUACCUUAACUUCAUGGCCUUAGACCCCGUCUCACAUUAGUAGAUCAGCUGAUUCAGACACAGACUGCAAAGAAGACAAGACCUCUCUCUGCAGGACUCUCUGAGCAAGGUCCACCAGGGGGAGUGAGAAGGGUCUAGAGGGCUGGGGUUUCAGUAUUAGCUCAGGUGUGUUAAACCCUUGUCUGUUCCCUCAGUCUCGGUGAGAGGACACAUAGUUUUGGUUGAUCAGCUGAUCGGGUAUCUGUUCAUAUCUGUCAGAUCAGCACAGACAGCUUGUGACAGAAUGAACAGGUGACACACCUGCAGCUGAAGACUUUACAGACACCUUAAAUGUGGUUUUGGUUUUCACAAGAGUGUGUGUGCAUGAAUUACUGUGCAGUGACAUCCUCUCUCUUUUAUAUUCUCUCUCUCUCCCUCUCCCUCUCUCUAUGUCAAUCCUUUAAUUCCCUGCACCUGUCUCACAUUUGGCUCCAACCUGAAUACACUGAGGGGCUAACAGGAUGCUUUGAGGACACACAGACAAAAGAAACACACUCACAUACACAUAAACAGGUCUCAAAUUAGGUGUCAUUGUGUUUCUGACUCACCCACAGCUCUCAGUUUGACUCAGGCUGCUCUGAUUGGUCAUCCAUAGAGAUGAAUGCAAUGUGUAAGCUCCUGUGUUUGAGUCCUGACAGCCCCUUACUGUCACUGAGAUCAUUAAAACCUCAGUCUGCAGACCUCAGACUGUGAUGGAAGUUCACUGUGAAGCUCUGACAGGAGUUUAAAUGCUGGUAUGAUGUCAGUUUGUAAUGAGCGCAAUCAGUAUCCAUGCUUAAAGUGAGUGGAUUUUUUAUACAGUAAAUUUUAGGCCCCCUCCAGAGUCACUUAUUUUAAUUGCACACUCUGUGUGACCCUCGUCCUGGGGGAAACCUCUGAUGGACUUAGAGAUGAAACAUGUUAAACCAGAGAGGGACCCCACCAGGGGGUGCUUUAGUUUAUCCCUGUCAGUCACGUUUUUGGAAUCAAAUGUCAAAAGCACACCGACACCUUCAGCUCCUGUUUCGAUUAUAAACUCAUCACAAAACAAGUCAGAGUCUAACAAUCAGAGUUUCAACCCUGUAUGACCCCUUCACCUGUCCCAGCAGGUAUCUGACCUCAUAGUGAUCUUUGCAGUUAGCAUUAGCUUAGCAUAGGUCAGGACAUAGAGUGUGUGAUUGUGUAUAACGGUUGAAUUAAAGGUUGUGACUCUCUCCUCAGAUCAUCCAGAAACCAUCUCAUGAUCUGAAGCAACAGCUGGCGGGUUACUCCAAGAGGGUGGCGGGCUCUGUCACUGAGCUCAUCCAGGCUGCUGAAGCCAUGAAAGGUACUGUGACCUUUGACCUCUCUGACCACAUGUUCACAAGAAAAAACUUUAACGUUAAAUACAGUUAAGGGUCUUUUAGGAAUAUGUCUGCACACUAAUGCAGAUGCUGUUGCUACAUACUGCUACUGCAAACUGCUACUGUAUGCUGCUGCACACUGCUGCUACACGCUACUACUGCAGGCUGUUGCUGGACACUAGCUAGACACUUUUUAAGACUACUGCUACAUACUGCUACUGCCACUUCUACUGAAUGCUGCUGCACACUGCUGCUACACGCCUAUACUGCACGCUGCUACUGCAGGCUGUUGCUAGACGCUGGCUAGACACUCUUGAUGACUACUGCUACAUGCUGCUACUGCAUGCUGCUGCUGGGCGCUACUGCUGAACACUCCUACUGCACAAUGCUACUUCAUGCUUAUGCUACUGCUGCACCCUGCUACUUGUCAUUGCUACACAGUGUGUAUGCAGCUGCAGCUGCUGGAUGCUGCUGCUGCAUGGUACUCCAUCUAGCUGCUGCUGCAAGCUGAUGCUGCUGCAUGCUGCAUGGAUACAGAGUACACACCAACAACACAGCACAGCUGUUACUAUGGUGAUAAAAUCAUAACAGGACUGAACAUACAUCACAGGUCUCUAUAAAGAUGAGUCCUCUGUUAUUUUUAAACCACUUCGUGUCAGACCUGAUGCUCUCAGACUGUUUAAACAGCUGUUUGUCAGAGCUCUUGGUAAAGAUGUCGUAGUUUUAGGGUCAGUGUUGGUCGGACAUAGACUUCUUCAAACCUCGUAGUUUCUACAGGGUCAGCGUUGGUCUGAUAUUGAUGUCUUUAGACCUUAAAGUUUUCAAAGGAAACUGUUGGUCUUAAAUAGACCUCUUCAGACCUCAUAGUUUUAGGGUCAGUGUUGGUCUUAAAUAGACUUGUGUAGACCUCAUAGUUUUUUACAGGGUCAGUGUUGGUCUGAAAUAGCUCCCUCUCCUCUCAUAUUCAGAACUCUUAAUGAGUCCUGACAGUCAUAUGGAGGAGGAUUAGUGCAGAUCCCUCUGAGGGGGUCCAGUUUCAGCGGCUCGUUCUCGGGAUAUCCCCCCCUCCCUUGGUUAGUGAGGAUUACAGGGGGCUGAAGGAGAUGCUUUGAAUACAUCAUCAGUCAUCCUCAGAGUAUAUGAACGUCCCUGUGCUGCAUUUUAAGAAGCGUUAGCUGACACUGAACCCUGUAGAAGGAGGGGUUGGGGGUUCGGACCUUCAUCACUUCAUUCAGACGGUGAUGAUGAUGACGAAGACGAGCCAGGCAGCGAGGCUGUGAGGGAUCAGCACUGUGAUGGAUGAUCAGGAUCAGGGUUCAACAAGAUAUUAGGCGCUCCACAUCCAGCAUCAAAUUCAGCAGCCCAAUCACAAUCCUCCAACCUGCGUCCUCCUGUAAAUAUCAAAGUUCAGCUGAAACGCUGAUUGUCCGAUGAUCUGGGAUCCUCUUAAUUUAGUCCGACUUUCUCACGUCACCUUUCAUUUCCAACAUGUGCAAACUCUAUCUAAAAGCUUCAGCCAAUCAGAGCACAGAUACAUGUCAGAAUGCCGCUAUGCUAGUUAGCUAGCUCUAACAGCCAUCAUGGUUCUCCCAGUUCAACAUAACACACUGUUGACUGAAGUGACAGAUUGACUAACAGCUGAACUGCAGUCCUGUUAAUUUGAUUCCGACCUUUUUAAAAUGGUUUUAAAACCGUCAGCAGCUCUUUGUGGUUACUCUAUUAAAAAGUACAGAAUGAUAAAGUAGGGCAAGUCAAAGUCACGUACACUUUGAUAGGAUACAAUACUAUCUGAUACAAUAAGAUAUUAUUGAAUACAAUACAAUAGGUUACAAUAGAAUACAAGACAAUAUGAUGGGGUUUAAUACGACAGGAUUUAAAACAAUACAAUGCAAGACAGGAAGAUAUAGUGCAGUAGCACUAUGAUACAGUACAAUCAGACAUACUUAAGUAGUAAAGUAGGAGUAUCACUGUAUUAGGGUGACCAUAUUCUGAAUUCCCAAAAAGAGGACACGACUACGCGGGGGCGGAGUCAUGAAGGUAGUUAAUUUUGAGAGUUUUUCAGGUCAGGUCGAGUGUUUUUUACACACUUCUAACACAGUAAGUCCAUGUGACACAAACUCAAAACUUCCAUACAAAACCCCGGACAUUUGAAGGAUUUAAGUAACUCCCCUGGACAAAGCCGAAGAACCCCCAAAAAAGAGGACAUGUCCGGGUAAAAGAGGACGUAAGGUCACCCUAACUAUAUGAAUGAGGAUGCCAUACAAUACGCCAUGCUCCAAUAAGAUAUAUGAUAAUCUAAAAUUCAACACAGUACAAUACAAAAUGAGCUAUCCUGUGCCAAAUGAGUUACCAUAGUAAGAUAGGAUGUGAUGCAGUGCUCAAUGAUAUGGCAGGAAUAAGCUAAGAUUAGGUAGAAAGACAAUAUAUGAUAUGAUACAAAUAGAACAAUGCUAUAUGAUACGAAAUCAAACAAUACCAUACAUUAUGAUAUGGUGUAAUACAAUAUGAUACAGCAUGAUAUUAUGUCACAUAUUACAGUAGAGCAUGAUACGAUAAUUGGUAUUCUGUAUGUUGUUGUCAUUGUGUGUGUUGUGAACUAAUUGUUGCGUACUUGCUGUGUGUGUGUGUGUUGUAGGCACAGAAUGGGUGGAUCCCGAAGACCCCACAGUCAUCGCAGAGAAUGAGCUGCUGGGAGCGGCUGCAGCUAUUGAAGCAGCUGCCAAGAAAUUGGAGCAGCUGAGACCCCGUACCAAACCCAAGGUCACUGGAUUAACACGCACACACACACACAGUGCACAAUUCAGUGACACACAAUCACACACUGACGCAUGCACCAAACACACUCACCCUGAUGCAUGCAUCUAAAACACUCUGAACUCUCUCUGAGUGUGUUGACCUCACGCAGGGUCACUCAGGUUUGAACCUGCUUGUUGAAUUUGACACACAGGGAUCCUCUGUCCUCUGUCUCAUUAUGUCUCAUACUGUCUGAUGAUGGUCCUCUGAAUAAACUCUUACCCUGUCCCCUGACUGAGUCUCUGCCUGAUAAUAAGGAGACCAAUGAGACGCCAAACAGUGUCUCUGUUCUCAUGCUAUGUUUUGAUUGUCCUCUCACUAUGUCUCCCUCUGUCUGUCCAACAGGAGGCUGAUGAGACACUGAACUUUGAGGAGCAGAUCCUGGAGGCGGCGAAGUCGAUCGCAGCAGCGACCAGCGCUCUGGUUAAAGCAGCUUCAGCCGCUCAGAGGGAGCUGGUGGCUCAGGGGAAGGUACGACAGAGAUCAGAGCAGGGGGACGGGGGGGCAGUGUUCAUCUGAUAAUCUGUCUGUAUAAUGCCCUUCACUUAUUCUGGGAAACAUCCAUCUGUCAGCACCACCGUGCAGCAGUCUACAGACGUCCACACCCCGAACUGGCACGAUAAUAAUCAGCCUGAAGACGGACACUCAGAGACAUCUGACUUUAUUUAUAGAGACAAACUCUGAGCUCUGCAGCUGAGAUAGACAGCAUCAAGACAUGAGCUUACCUGGACUCUGAGAUACAGAGAGUCUGGACUGGCCUGGAUCAGAAAAGAUCCUUUUUCUGAACAUUAAAGCGAAGUUGACCCUCCCCCACAAAACUGACAGCCAUCAGGUCUUCAGACUAUAUCAGUGCCAAAGCAGACAUCAAGCAUUCAAAGUUGUCACCUGAACAUAAUGCUCUUUAUUUUCUGUUUAUUAUCAAUGAUUUUUUUCAUUAGUCAUCAAGAGAGCGGCGUCCUGCCCCUCAGUUAAACCAAUAAACCAAUCUGAACUACAGAGGCAGAUGGGCCUUCCAUGUUUUACCUGUGUUACCUGUGUGUGUUUUCAGGUGGGGGCGAUCCCAGCCAACGCCGUCGAUGAUGGUCAGUGGUCUCAGGGGCUGAUCUCAGCUGUAAGUCUGUCUGUCACCAAAGUGGCUUCAUUCAAACAUUCAGUCAUUUAAUCCUUCAGAUAUCUCACCACUGAUAACCUCUAAUGACUCUGCAGGCUCGGAUGGUUGCCGCAGCGACCAACAACCUGUGCGAGGCAGCCAACUCAGCGGUGCAGGGACAUGCCAGCGAGGAGAAACUCAUCUCCUCGGCCAAACAGGUGGCAGCAUCCACUGCCCAGCUGCUGGUCGCCUGUAAGGUCAAAGCUGACCAGGACUCACAGACAAUGAAGAGACUGCAGGUAAUGGAUUUCAGUGUCAGUUUGCAGUGUGAUGAAUCUGGUUCUCCUCAACCUGCUGAGAUCAUUAUGCAAACUUACUCAGAGGAGUUAACCUGCUUCACACCUGAGUAAUGAUCAGAGAUUUAGAUUUGGACUAUUAAAUAAAUAAAGACACAAAACAUAGCAACUCUACUACAGACACACAAACUAUCUGCAUCACAUCAUAGCAGUAAAUCCUCUGCAUUCAGUGAACACUUAAAGUGGUGUGAACAAGUGUUUGCCACCUUCUUGAUUUCUUAUUUUUUGCAUGUUUGUCACACUGAAACGUUUCAGAUCAUCAAACAAAUUUAGAUAUUAGUGAAACACAACACAAGCAAACACAAAAUGCAGUUUUUGAAUAAAGGUUUUUAUUAUUAGGGAGAGAAAAAAAUCAAAACCUACAUGGCCUUGUGUGAAAACAGUGAUUACCCCGGAACGUAAUAACUGGUAGGGCCACCCUUAGCAGCAACAAUUGCAAUCAAGCUUUUGUGAUAACUUGCAAUGAGUCUCUUACAGUGCUGUGGAGGAAUUUUGGCCCACUCAUCUUUGCAGAAUUAUUGUAAUUCGGCCACAGUGGAGAGUUUUCGAGCAUGAACCACCUUUUUAUAGGGUUAGGGUUAGGGAUGAUCUUAAACAUUUAAGAGUGACAAACAUGCAAAAAAAAGUAAGAAAUCAGGAAGGGGGCAAACACUUUUUCACACCACUUUAUAUAGGACAUAAUGCAUGUGUCAAUUUAUUAAUUUUAAGUCCCAUGAUGCACCAGAACUGUGCUUAAAGUUAAAGUUUUUCCGCUGUAGGUGAUGUGAAGUUUGUGAAGUUACACGCUCAUAUUUUACACACACAUGCACAUCAAAUCAGACUCCUUCACCUCUAAGUUAAUCUUUAGUUAAUAUGGGGUCUGCCUCUGUUACCAUGGCAACCAGGGUCACUGUCGACCUGUGUCUGAAAUAAUGGAGAGGGUAAUCUUCAGCUGUGUAUGUGUGUGUAUGUGCUGAUGAACAAUAACCAUCAAUCAUCCUACAACAGCUGACACACGUGUACACACACAUGCGGGCAUACACACACACACACACAAACUGAACACACGCACACAGAUAGUUAGAGUGUAUAAAUAGGUUGCAGUCCGGGUGUGUAGGGUUUCAGGUGAGCUGUAGGAUCAGACAGCUGCUGUGUCUGUUAUUAGCUCAGGUAUCACUCACCUUUAUAAAUUGCUGAUUUCAUAUCAGCCUGUUCAUACUCAGAGCAUGAAGCUUCGCACAGAUUUACCUCUAAUGUGAACAUCAGGUCCAACAGUGUUUCUCCUACAUUUCCCAUGUUGCAUCAGGUUCAGUGUUUGUGUGUGAACCUGUCUCCAGGUGAGCUUCAGGUGUAAACCUGUUAUUACUGCCACUCUGUGUUAAUCUGUUUAAAGUGAUCUGAUGCACUUAGUCUCCACCCUUAUCUGAGUGUAUGUUUGUCUUUAUACACAUGUGAGGACCACCUUUUGUAUUAGGGCACUCUGACAGGUGUGGACACUUUGAUGUAAUGCUUGUUCUGUAUUUUGAAGUCGGGUAUGAACCCUCCCCCCAUGCCCACACGCACACACUCAGGCGGCAGGCUUAUUCGCUUUAUUUCAGCCACAUAAAAAACUCAGAGAAUGUCCUCACACAUUGCCAAAGACAUCUAUAUGUGUGUGUGUGUGUGUGUGUUUGAGGUUUCCUUUCAGUUUAUUUUGGGAUACUUUGCAUCAGACCAGACUGUUGUCUGCCUGAGUGAUUCCCCCCCUCUGCUUUUCAUAUCCCCCUCCCUCAGGUCUUUCAUUUUCUUACCUCAGUUGGUGAAAUGUUUACAUCCUCACUUCUAGUCAGACUGCAUAAAUACAUUGUCUCAUACUACUACCACUAGAUGGUGCGAGUUCAUGAGCCCAGUUUCAGGUUAACUGAACUUUUUACUGUAAACAACAAUUACUAGCAAACCCUUAAAGCGGGCCGGCAGCUGUGUAUAAGUAACAAUGUAAAAAAUAUAAACAAACUUCAAUCAAGAAUACUUUUCUUAAAAGAAUAGAUUACUCCCAUGCUGACGUGAAAUGCUUGGGGUGGGGAGAGCUCACCUCCACUCUGGUUCAUAUGUAUUCAUGAAAAGCCAAAGAAAAGCAGCAAAGAACAUCUGGGUACAGAACAGAGCAACAUCAGUGGCAAUCCAUAACCCCGGUAAAAUCAGACAUAGUAUAAAAAGGAGGAGCUGGAGUGGAGGCAGGGAGAGCAGCAGCAAAGUGGUUUGCAGAGGAAGCAGGCGGAGUAGGAGGUAGUCAGCUGAUAAGAAUAAGAAUAACUUUAUUAAUCCCUGAAGGGAAAUUCAAUCGUCUGUUGUCUCACAAAUAUGUCUCUAAAAGUUAUCUACUAUUUACACAAGAGUUAUAAAGUCUUGGAUUAGAAUCAACUGAUGUACUUCCGUCAGAGCUUGACCUAUGUGUCCUACCUGAACUAACACAGCGCUCAAUUAAUCAGACUGAUAGACCUGUUGGCUUAGUCAACAUUUUGUCAGCAGCAUCUUCUUCUCUGUUUUUUUCACAAAUCUCUCUGGAUUGGACAGUUAAGGAGAGACAGGAAGUCUGGGUGAGCAGAAAGGGGAGGGGGCAUGCAGAAAAGGGUCACAAUUGGGACUCAAACCAGCCAAUGCUGUGAUGAUGACUGAAGCCUCUAAAUGUGGGAGGAUAGGGGGACACAUUUAAAUCCUCAGCGUUGGCUUGCUGCUCUGUAGGACUCCAUGAGGGCUGCCCAGACCUGUGUGUGUGUGUGUGAGUGUGUGUGUGUGUACAUGGCUCAGGUUCUCUGCUCCAAUCAGCAGCAGCUUAUCGUCUGCUCUUCUGGGCCUGCAGCUGCUGCAGAGAUAAUUCCUCACAGUCAGGAGUGGAAACAAUCCACAGAGAGAAACACAACACCUGACCUCUCACCACACUCUGCAGCUUCUGCACACUGAGGGAGGUUAGCUUAGCAUUGGCGCAGCAUCAGGCUCUGCUCACUGUGACAGGAUAUGAAGGGAGAAACACUUACCUGAUUCUGAAAUUUCUCUCAGGAUCAGUUAGGUAUCGAUCUUUCGAGCAAGCUGAGUCAGACUUACCUGAGUCCCUUAGGUAUUAUCAGACAGUGAUUCUGCAGUGAUGUGAUGCUGCAGACACCAUCGGUGGUAUUCUCAGGUGUCUCACCUGUCUCCUCACCUGCAGGUCAACAAUGAUGCAAAAUCAGUGGAGGCGUUCAGAUCAGGGCUGUAGACCUGGACAGCUUCAUAGAUUUACUGACCGCUGUACUAACCAAACCAGCUGUUGUCAGAGUAUUUGGAGUCAAGAGCUGUCAGGGUCAAAGUCAGGUAAACAGUUGAGCAGGUGAACAGGAUGUUUGUGGUUUCUGUCUGACACUUUGAGCUGUGUUCGGUUUCCUGUCAGUCUCUGUGGAUCAGAGCAAACAUCAUCUCUGUGAUAGGAAGUCUGUGUUUGUGUCUGCCUCUAAGAGGAGACUCUGACUCUUACUGAGAUUAUUACUGUGAUUUAAGGUGAAAUUCACCUCUUUAACAUACUACCUCUGAUCAUAUGAAGUCCUUAUAUUGUCAUAUGUAUGUGAGAUAAAAUGCAGCUGAAAAUCAUAUUUGAUCUAAAAAAAUAAAUACUUGUCGACUAGAUGGGGAAACUCCUUUUUGAAUCUGAUUAAGACAUAAACAAGAAAAAGAAAGUAAAUCUCCAACUCCAUUUAACCUGUUAUUCUGACCCUGAGAAGUUUAAACUAGUUCAGUCAGAAUAAUGUAAACAACUCACUGACUAAAAUGACACACAUACAUUUAAAGCUGUAGAGACUCAAAGAGCUGCUGAGUGUCAGUCUGUCUGUUUAAAGCAGGAUGUAAUCAUGGUUCUCAUCUAAACUGAUCAAUAAAUCAACCAGAGGUUUGAGGAUGAGAGUGUAUUAAAAUUCUAAUAACAUAUUUAUAGAUGACUGUGACGGAGCGGUUUCAUGAGCAGCUGAUGGAGGGAUUCUGACUGACAAAUAUACUAUACAAAUAUUACACAAGUAUACUCACACUGAUGUUAAAGCUUACAAUAACAAACACUUAUAGUUACUACAACACUAACAGGGACACGAACUUCAAGACUAACCGUUACCCCCCCAGAGCGGCAGCGAGGGAUGAAGCUUAGCUUCUUUACCCCAGAAGGGAAAACUCUUCAGUUUGUUGAGUCGAGUUGUCCAAUCAGGCGUCUGUUUGUCUCCGGGUGUUCUUCAUCAUCCUCGCCAUCACACAGCUGCAGAUCCACUCCUUUCACAUGCACACACACAUAGCGGUAGCUGCUUUGUUUAUAGAGAGGAUUCCCUUUAGAGGAGACAGAGAGAGCAGCUCUCAGAGAAUGAGACUGUCAGACUGAGGAUUCAGACUUUAUAGAACAGGCAUAAGGUGUAAGGUGUGUGUGUGUGUGUGUGUGUGUGUGUGUGUGUGUGUGUGUGUGUGUGUGUGUGCGUGUGUGUCUGUGUGUGUGUGCAUAACUAAAUAUCUCUCUGUCUCCCCCUUGUCUCCCUCCCUACUUUGUUUCUCUGCAGGCUGCGGGUAAUGCCGUGAAGCGAGCGUCUGAUAAUCUGGUGAAGGCGGCCCAGAAAGCAGCCUUUGACGCUCAGGACGAUCAGGCUGUCGUGGUGAAGAGUAAGAUGGUGGGAGGCAUCGCACAGGUAAGUCACAUGACACAGGUACAGGUACAUGUACACGCACUACCGCUGUACUGUAUGCUGUGUGUAGACCUUGAACUGAGCUGGUAAACGACCUUAAUGAUAAGACACAAAAUAGCAUCCAUGAUUGUGUAUGUGUGUUUUUCAGAUCAUCGCAGCUCAGGAGGAGAUGCUGAGGAAGGAGAGGGAGCUGGAUGAGGCGAGGAAGAAGUUGGCGAUGAUCAGACAGCAGCAGUACAAGUUCCUGCCAUCAGAGCUGAGAGAGGACGGACAGGAGCAGUGAGACUAGGAGAACCGGGACACCUGGACCAUCAGGACCCUGUAAAACCCCAAUAUGACUCCCAAACACCCUGAGGAACCUACACAACCCUGUAGGCCAGCUGAAGUCCUUGUAUCAGAGAGCAGAUCUGUCUGUGUCUCUGUGGCCGUAUUAGGACGCCUGAGCUUCAUUAUAUCAGAUAUUUACCUUUAUAUAAUGUAUACCUGUCUGUAUUUCUUCUUCUGUGGUGUCUGCUGCAUGUUUGAGUGCAGCGGCUGUGCUCAGUAUUUUCUAUGCAAACCUCGAUGUAUGAAUCUAUGCACGCUCUCUAUGCAGACGAUUUGUUGAUGUUUGAAGCCAAUAUAGGCUCAGAGUUUGUUAGAAACCCUUGAGUUGCCUUAAAGUUGGAAAAUGAAAAAAAAAAUCACCUGUUAAAAGUUUGGAUCAGGAGCUCUGCGUCAGAACAAAUCAGAUUAAAACCUUAUUUUUAUAAAGACCAGCUGUUUUUUUAAAGUUUUCAGUAUUGUGCCGCCAACAGCAGAUUAUCUGGUUAGAUUAUUAGAUGAUUAGAUUUCUAGAUUAUUAGAGCAGUCUUUGUAAAGAUGAUGAAGCCAUAUAUUUAACGUCUGUUCGACUGUUUUUGGUGCUCUGUGAUCUUUCUGUGCUAACGUUAGCGGCUAAUGCGUCACAUGCUGUCUGAUGAUCACGUUACGUUCCUACUUCCUGCUUAAUGAUCAGCAGGUUAAAUGGACCUAAAAUAAAAAACUCUGUCAGUUUAUAAAGUGCAUCCAUCAUGUGUCAGGACCUGAUAUUAUUUGCCUGUGAGAGAAACAAGCAAUAACUCUGACCAAUACCUGAGAUCACAUUCAGCUCUGAUAUUAAACACGUCUCUGAACUUUAACUCGUCUGUUUCUCACAGUCUGUUCACUUCAGGCUCACACUCUGACUGUUUGUAUGUCAUCACUGUAACAGAGAUUUAUAUCAAUAAAGUUUUCAGUCAAACACUCGCUCUGUACCUCUCUUUAUCUGUCUCAGUCACCUUAACAGUCUGAUCUGUAUUGAUGCUGCUCAGAGGGUCAGUAUCCGUCACAUUUGGAUUGUAUUCCGAUGUUAUUAAAGUCAAAACAGCAUGA